AUGACAGACGCGGUCGUGGACGGCAAAUUGGAGGCGGUGAAACAGGCAACGAAAUAUGUGAAAGAGACCGAGAACGUCGCGGAAAAAUAUUCUGCGAUGACCGUUAGCAAGAACAGCGACAUGAACAUGAACGUUGGUGAAUUGCAGUCGGCCGCAUUCACUGCGGUGCCAACUCUCAAAUCUGUCAAGAAGGUAAGAAUGACAAAGUCGUGUGCACUGAGCAUCGUCAUCAACAUUCACUACAUUAUAGAUGCAGUUUUGCCACAAUUAUCCUAUGCGAGUUUAUGGAUGGGAUGGGUGCAGGACCUGCCUGCUGUAUCAUAGUGACUCAUGUUUCUUAAAUAAAAAAAAAACAUCCUAUUGCAUCUCUGACCUUCUAAAAUAUCCAAUUUAAAUUCACCUUAUGUUAGCCAAUGAUAAAUAUUGUAUUUAUUUACAGGGAAAUUCCCUGAAUUUAUAGCAGGACUGUUAUUCUUAUAAUAUAGGCCAGGGGUACUGAACUCUGACCCUACAAGGUCCGGAGCCUGCUGGUUUUCUGUUCUACCUGAUAAUUAAUUGCACACACCUGGUGUCCCAGGUCUAAAUCAGUCCCUGAUUAGACGGGAACAAUGACAAUGCAGUUCAACUGGCUUCUAGGUCCAGAGUUGAGUUUGAGGGAUAUAGUAGAUCAGUCUAUUCAAGACCCGUGCAAGUGCUUCCAGUCAGGUGUCCCAGCUGAGCAGUGAGCACCUUGAUCGAUCUAUUACUCAGACCCAGAUAGAAAAGCUAAUCAUCUGCAAAGUUGUAGCUAAUUAACUGCAUUAUUAACAGCAUUAUUCAUCAGGAGGCUGCUUCAAAAACAACGACCAAACUCUACAACACUCCUAAUCAGGAGCGCAACUUUGGUUUUAGAAGUGGGGGGACGGAGGGACGACAACCUGGCAGGGGGUCCUCCCUCAGAAUUGUUUUGGGCAUCUAAAGCUAAUUUCCUGCAUUCAUACUAGGGCUGUCCCCUGACUAAAAAAUAUCUUGGUCCACCAAGAGUAGUCUUUUCUUUCGACCAACCGAUUGGUCAAAAAUGUUAAAACGUCUAUUUUUCCAUAGGCCAAUAUAGACACACCCUAUGUGUUUGAAAAUGUACUGAAACUUGUCUGAUGCUUUAAGCACCCUGUUUGGUUAAUAAUGAAGACACACAAAUGACUCGACGGAGCCAGAGAUCAAGAUAACCUAACCAGAAGAAAAAAAAGCUGUUCCCGACCCGCCUUCUCUCGCUGCUGCUGGCCUCUGCCAUUAUGGCGCCGGAAGUCACCGGUAAUAGGCUACACCAGUGGUCGGCAAACUUUUCCAUAUGGAGUGCCAAUUUAUCUUGCCAUUUCUACCAAUCUGUGUGGCAGUUAUGAUUUUCAUAUGCACAUUUUCGUGGAACAGUUUCAUUUCAUUUAUUGUAGUCUUUGUAUCUAAAAAUGAUUGUCUGUGGUUAAUCUACAUUCUAUCUAAAUGAAAAUUAUACAAAUCUAAAAGUAACUUUUAUUGCCAUUGCCAAAUAUGUAAUAAUAGCCUACAUAAAGCCACACAUUUUUUUUUGCAGCCUGCAGGUAGAAAAUAUCCUGAUUUAAAAAUAAAUAUCCUAUACAUCACAUUGGCUACGCUUGGCCUGUCUGCAACGAUCUUGAAACAUUGUAUCAACUAUCAACCGGGUUGCCCCAAAACUUGCGCUAGCAAACUUGAAACAUUAUAUAAAAUAUUUAUAGUUUCCCGCGCCAGUGAGCUCGAGACAGACACAGCUGUAGGCUAUAUGUGCAAAAGAUAAGAAGUAAUCAGGUAUUUUAUGAUGCUUCCACUGGAUCAGAGCAUUACAUUUUUCCCUUUCAUUCAGAGUGGUUAACAAAAGGGAGAGAGUUUGAAAUAUUGUUCAAGUACUUUGAGGAACUAUUGUCAUUCUCAAUUGAUUCUAGAAACAGACUUUAAAUUACUUUGAGAAGCUCCACAGCUCACUAUUGGUGGUAAUUUAAGACAAUCAGAAAUACUAUCAGACAUCCCCAAAUGGGCACAUUCAUAGGCCUACAUUUGCGCGCUGGCCAGGUAGACUAGUCCUACUUCUAUAUGCAUAAUCAGGUGCGCGUCCUUACUCAACAUUGACAGGAGCGUUUCAAACAAAAGAUGAUGAAUAGAUUGACAACUCGUAAAUGGAAUGAAAUAAACAGAAACUUGUUUCUCAACAGUGUAGCAUAGGUUGUGAGUUCUGCUAUACACAUGUCCACUCCUGACGAUGAGAACAGUAAAUUAAGCGUGAGGCCCUGCGUCUGAACCCCGCCCUGUGCAACUGGGUCCUGGACUUCCUGACGGGCCGCCCCCCCCAGGUGGUGAAGGUAGGAAACAACAUCUCCACUUCGCUGAUCCUCAACACUGGGGCCCCACAAGGGUGCAUGCUCAGCCCCCUCCUGUACUCCCUAUUCACCCAUGACUACGUGGCCAAGCACGCCUCCAACUCAAUCAUCAAGUUUUCAGACGACACAACAGUAGUAGGCUUGAUUACCAACAAUGACGAGACCGCCUACAGGGAGGAGGUGAGGGCUCUGGGAGUGUGGUGCCAGGAAAAUAACCUCUCACUCAACGUCAACAAAACAAAGGAGAAGAUCGUGGACUUCAGGAAACAGCAGAGGGUGCACCCCCCUAUCCACAUCGACGGGACCCAGUGGAGAAGGUGGAAAGCUUCAAGUUCCUUGGCGUACACAUCACUGACAAACUGAAAUGGUCCACCCACGCAGACAGUGUGGUGAAUAAGGCACAACAGAGCCUCUUCAACCUCAGGUGGCUGAAUAAAUUUGGCUUGGCACCUAAAACCCUCACAAACUUUUACAGAUGAGAGCAUCCUGUCGGGCUGUAUCCCCGCCUGGUACGGCAACUGCACCACCCGCAACCGCAGGGCUCUCCAGAGGGUGGUGCGGUCUGCCGAACGCAUUACCAGGGGCAAACUACCCGCCCUCCAAGACACCUACAGCACCCGAUGUCACAGGAAGGCCAAAAAGACCAUCAAGGACAUCAACCACCCGAGCCACUGCCUGUUCACCCCGCUAUCAUCCAGAAGCGAGGUCAAUACAGGUGCAUCAAAGCUGGGACUGAGAGAAUGAAAAACAGCUUCUAUCUCAAGGCCAUCAGACUGUUAAAUAGCCAUCACUAGCACAUUAGAGGCUGCUGCUGCCUAUUGAAAUCACUGGCCACUGUAAUAAAUGGAACACUAGUCACUUUAAUAAUGUUUACAUAUCUUGCACUACUCAUCUCAUAUGUAUAUACUGUAUUCUAUUCUAUAAUAUUCUACUGUAUCUUAGUCCAUGCCGCUCUGUCAUUGCUUGUCCAUAUAUGUAUAUAUUCUUAAAUUCCAUUCCUUACUAGAUUUGUGUGUAUUGGGUAUAUGUUGUGAAAUUGUUAGAUAUUACUUGUUAGAUAUUAUUGCACUGUCGGAGCUAGAAGCACAAGUAUUUCGCUACACCCGGAAUAACAUCUGCUAAACACGUGUAUGUGACAAAUAACAUUGGAUUUGACUAAUAAUAAUAUAUUAAAUGCAUUAACAGAAAUUACCAUAACCAAACAAACAUUGCAGAUGAUAAAUGAUGGGAAUUAACUGUAAAUGUAGGCUAGUACUGGUGAAUAAUAUAGUGAAGACAUUAAAACUAUGAAAUGACACAUAUGGAAUCAUGUAGUAACCAGAAAGGUGUUCAACAAAUCAAAAUAUAUUUUAUAUUUGAGAUUCUUCAUAGUUGCCACCCUUUGCCUUGAUGACCACUUUGCACACCCUUGACAUUCUCUCAACCAGCUUCACCUGGAAUGCUUUUCCAACUGUCUUGAAGGAGUUCCCACACAUGCUGAGCACUUGUUGGGUUGAGGUCGGGGGAUUGUGGAGGCCAGGUCAUCUGAUGCAGCACUCCAUCACUCUCCUUCUUGGUCAAAUAGCCCUUACACAGCCUGGAGGUGUGUUGGGUCAUUUUCCUGUUGAAAAACAAAUGAUAGUCCCACUAAGCGCAAACCAGAUGGGAUGGCGUAUCGCUGCAGAAUGCUGUGGUAGCCAUGCUGGUUAAGUGUGCCUUGAAUUCUAAAUAAAUCACUGACAGUGUCACCAGCAAAGCACCAUCACACCUCCUUCUCCAUCCUUCAAGGUGGGAACCACACAUGCGGAGAUCAUCCGUUCACAAACUCUGCGUCUCACAAAGACCAAAGGACAGAAUUCCAGCAGUCUAAUGUCCAUUGCUUGUGUUUCUUGGCCCAAGCAGGUCUCUCCUUCUUAUUGCUGUCCUUUAGUAGUGGUUUCUUUGCAGCAAUUUGACCAUGAAGGCCUGAUUCACCCAGUCUCCUCUGAACAGUUGAUGUUGAGAUGUGUCUGUUACUUGAACUCUGUGAAGCAUUUAUUUGAGCUGCAAUUUCUGAGGCUGGUAACUCUAAUGAACGUAUCCUCUGCAGCAGAGGUAACUCUGGGUCUUCCAUUCCUGUGGCGGUCCUCAUGAAAGCCAGUUUCAUCAUAGCGCUUGAUGGUUUCUGCGACUGCACUUGAAGAAACUUUCAAAGUUCUUAAUAUUUUCUGGAUUGACUGACCUUCAUGUCUUAAAGUAAUGAUGGACUGUCAUUUCUCUUUGCUUAUUUGAGCUGUUCUUGCCAUAAUAUGGACUUGGUCUUUUACCAAAUAGGUCUAUCUUCUGUAUACCAACCCUACCUUGUCACAACACAACUGAUUGACUCAAACGCAUUAAGAAGGAAAGAAAUUCCACAAAUUAACUUUUAACAAGGCAGACCUGUUAAUUGAAAUGCAUUCAAGGUGACUACCUCAUGAAGCUGGUUGAGAUAAUGCCAAGAGUGUGCAAAGCUGUCAUCAAGGCAAAGGGUGGCUACUUUGAAAAAUCUAAAAUAUAUUUUGAUUUGUUUAACACUUUUUUUUUGGUUACUACAUGAUUCCAUAUGUGUUAUUUCAUAGUUUUGAUGUCUUCAUUAUUAUUCUACAAUGUAAAAAAUAGUAAAAAUACAGAAACCCUUGAAUGAGUAGGCGUUCUAAAACUUUUGACUGGUACUGUAUGUAAUGGGGAAUUGAUAGACACAGCAAACACUGCACACAAUGAAGUUAUGAAACAAUGAAUACCCAUGAAAUGGCGGGAGAAAGCGCAUUCUGGAGAGAGACGUGCCUUGUGCAUCUGAGUCACAAUCCCCAUAUUCUUGGACCGUGGGAUCCCUGCGGCCUCCUCAAUGGACAGGCGCAAAUCAUACAGGUGUCAUACGUGUGCCAUGGAAAAAAAGUAUCUAUUUGCGACUGCUCGACACCAACAAAAUUGGAUGUUUUCAAUACAAACCCCUUUUUAAAGUUGCACAGUAUACCCUCAAUCUUGUAAUAAAUGAAAUCUAGUGAAACAUACAGUUGAAGUCGGAAGUUUACAUACACUUAGGUUGGAGUCAUUAAAACUCGUUUUUCAACCACUCCACAAAUUUCUUGUAGCUCAGUUGGUAGAGCAUGGCGCUUGCAACGCCAGGGUUGUGGGUUCGAUUCCCACGGGGGGCCAGUAUGAAAAAUGUAUGCACUCAAUAACUGUAAGUCGCUCUGGAUAAGAGCGUCUGCUAAAAUGACUAAAAGAAAAUUGUAAAUUAGGAAAUUUUGUUAGGGUAUUAAUGACUAAAAUGUAAAUGUUAACAAACUAUAGUUUUGGCAAGUUAGUUAGGACAUCUACUUUAUGCAUGACACAAGUAAUUUUUCGAACAAUUGUUUACAAAAAAUGUGUAGACCUCCACAAGUCUGGUUCAUCCUUGGGAGCAAUUUCCAAACGCCUGAGAUACCACGUUCAUCUGUACAAACAAUAGUACGCAAGUAUAAACACCAUGGCACCACGCAGCCGUCAUACCGCUCAGGAAGGAGAAGCGUUCUGUCUCCUAGAGAUGAACGUACUUUGGUGCGAAAAGUGCAAAUCAAUCCCAGAACAACAGCAAAGGACCUUGUGAAGAUGCUGGAGGAAACAGGUACAAAAGUAUCUAUAUCCACAGUAAAACGAGUCCUAUAUCGACAUAACCUGAAAGGCCGCUCAGCAAGGAAGAAGCCACUGCUCCAAAACCGCCAUAAAAAAGCCAGACUACAGUUUGCAACUGCACAUGGGGACAAAGAUUGUACUUUUUGGAGAAAUGUCCUCUGGUCUGAUGAAACAAAAAUAGAACUGUUUGGCCAUAAUGACCAUCGUUAUGUUUGGAGGAAAAAAGGGGGGGUGGCUUGCAAGUCAAAGAACACCAUCCCAACCGUGAAGCACGGGGGUGGCAGCAUCAUGCUGUGGGGGUGCUUUGCUGCAGGAGGGACUGGUGCACUUCACAAAAUAGAUGGCAUCAUGAGGAAGGAAAAUUGUGGAUAUAUUGAAGUAACAUCUCAAGACAUCAGUCAGGAAGUUAAAGCUUGGUCGCAAAUGGGUCUUCCAAAUGGACAAUGACCCCAAGCAUACUUCCAAAGUUGUGGCAAAAUGGCUUAAGGACAACAAAGUCAAGGUAUUGGAGUGGCCAUCACAAAGCCCUGACCUCAAUCCUAUAGACAAUUUGUGGGCAGAACUGAAAAAGCGUGUGCGAGCAAGGAGGCCUACAAACCUGACUCAGUUACACCAGCUCUGUCAGGAGGAAUGGGCCAAAAUUCACCCAACUUAUUGUGGGAAGCUUGUGGAAGGCUACCUGAAACGUUUGACCCAAGUUAAACAAUUUUAAAGGCAAUGCUACCAAAUACUAAUUGAGUGUAUGUAAACUUCUGACCCACUGGGAAUGUGAUGAAAGAAAUAAAAGCUGAAAGAAAUCAUUCUCUCUACUAUUAUUCUGACAUGUCACAUUCUUAAAAUAAAGUGGUGAUCCUAACUGACCUAAAUCUAUUACCUAACCUAUUCCAGAAUGGCAAUGACCCAAAACACACGGCCAAGGCAACAAAGGCGUGGCUCAAGAAGAAGCACAUUAAGGUCCUGGAGUGGCCUAGCCAGUCUCCAGACCUUAAUCCCAUAGAAAAUCUGUGGAGGGAGCUGAAGGUUCGAGUUGCCAAACGUCAGCCUCGAAACCUUAAUGACUUGGAGAAGAUCUGCAAAGAGGAGUGGGACAAAAUCCCUCCUGAGAUGUGUGCAAACCUGGUGGCCAACUACAAGAAACAUCUGACCUCUGUGAUUGCCAACAAGGGUUUUGCCACAUAGUACUAAGUCAUGUUUUGCAGAGGGGUCAAAUACUUAUUUCCCUCAUUAAAAUGCAAAUAAAUUUAUAAAAUUUUUGACAUGCGUUUUUCUGGAUUUUUUUGUUGUUAUUCUGUCUCUCACUGUUCAAAUAAACCUACCAUUAAAAUUAUAGACUGAUCAUUUCUUUGUCAGUGGGCAAACUUACAAAAUCAGCAGGGGAUCAAAUACUUUUUUCCCUCACUGUACAUCUACUGGUGAAAACUAGCCAAGUUAAUUUACUUCUGUUGAAACGGGACAAAAAGGCUACAAAAUUGACAGAUGGCUAGAGCUGACUGUGGUAGCUACUUACAUUUACAUUUAAGUCAUUUAGCAGACGCUCUUAUCCAGAGCGACUUACAGUUAGUGCAUACAUUAUUUUUUAUUUUAUAUUUAUUUUUUUAUACCCCCCUUGGGAAUCGAUCCCACAACCCUGGCGUUGCAAACGCCAUGCUCUACAAACUGAGCUACAUCCCCUGCCGGCCAUUCCCUCCCUCCCCUACCCUAGACGACGCUGGGCCAAUUGUGCGCCGCCCCAUGGGUCUCCCGGUCGCGGCCGGCUCCGACAGAGCCUGGAUUCGAACCAGGAUCUCUAGUGGCACAGCUAGGACUGCGAUGCUGUGCCUUAGACCACUGCGCCACUUGGUAGCUAGUGUUAGGUUCUGACAAAUACAGAGUAAAAAUUUGCGGACAACUACGAAAAGCUCAAACCAAGUUUAUUCACCCAAAGGGUCAACCAGCUGAAAAGACAAAAACACAAGUUAAUAUACCCCACUUUAGGUGAAGUCUCCUCCUUUCUCUAAACAUUACAUCUUUAUUACUAGGCAGGAAGUUAAAUGAUGUGGGUAAUCAACUGUUCCUUCCCCUUCAUGUGACGUGACCUGACCUGACCUGACCUCGGCCCCCAUUCCUCACUAAUCCACAGCUAUCUACUCUUAUCUGACCCCACCAUAUACAUUCCUACUACAUAUAACCAUUAACUUCUGGUGUAGCAAGUAUUUCAAAUUACAACCCAACAACUGAAACCAGACUUUGGCCCUUCUCUUCUCUAUAGGAUACCUGAUGUCUAACAAUAACAUGUUCUGACAGAAUGUAAACCCGUUGCCUUCCCCUCUCUCCCUCAGUAACAUGAAUAAGGAUAUUUCACAUUUCAAGUUUAGAACUAGCUAGUUCAUUUUCUUCAGACAGAACUUCAGUCGAGAGGGGAUGAAACAUUAGCUAACGUUACAUGUCAGUUACACUACUAGCUCAGCACUGGGAAUAAAUACUUUUUUUUCUGUUAAGUUAAACAACAGUUACCUUGCCAGCUACAUCAGUCAAAUAUAGUGUAGCCAGUUUCUGCUCUGCUUGCUUUUACAACUCUGAGAAAAGUGCAACACACAGACAGCAGCACCGUGCUGGUCAGAAGCUGCACAGAAGCUUUGCCUUCAGACAGCCUGUCCGCAUGCUCUGUGGUGUCCACGUGGUCGUAAAUCCAGCCGGCUGAAACUACCAAACAGCCUACCUGGGGGGGGGGGGGGGGUUUAUGUGGCCUCCGUCCCCAGUGGAAGUUGCGCCCCUGAUCCCAAUUGUAGCCAGUUUGUUGUGGCCAGUUAUUUUUAAAUGCAGCUAAAUUGGGACAUGAUUUCAGCUAAACAUAGGGUAUGGCAAAGUGACAGUGAAAGUUGAAGCUUAUUUACAGCAUUUCUACAGAAUUUAAAAACUCUCUAAAAUGCUAUUCGGAGAACAGCAAAAACAAACAAAAUUGACUCCAGCCAUUAUCACCUUGGCUGCUGUAACUUCAUUCACCUCAGUUGAUAAGGGACAUAAAUAACAUUUGUUUUACAACAACUAGCUGCUAAACACUAGCUCUGCACUGGGAUUAAAAACUCUAGUUUAGUUUCAUGUCGGGUCAAACAGCAGUUACCUAGCCAUUUACAGCCAUCUUCCACCUCAUGCUGUUCACUGCAGCCAGGCAAACAGCCUUCCCGCCCGCUCCGAGGCGUCCACAUGGUCCUAAAGCCAGCCCCAAUAUGCUAAACUGCUAUUGUCUUUUAAUCGGGAUUGGGAUGAUUUUAAUACUCUGCCAUACCCGAUUGACACCCCUGUGAGACUAAUAGCAAAAGGCCAGGGCCAGCGGUAUGUUUAGAUUUUAGUUCCAGACUUGUGACACAGUGCCUUGCAGUCAGAGACUGAAGAAGGCUUUAGGGAUGUACCUACAUUAGACCGUCAGAGGAUGAGAACACAAUGAACUAUGUCUGGCCACAAUCAGCGUCUGAAACGAUCAUUAGUGUCAUUCUGUAUUAUAUUCUGGUUGAUAACAGAUUGCUGUUGUAAAAAAACAUGUUACAACAUAUUGAGGAACAUUCAGGCAGUUUAUAUAGUUUGUUUACAACAAAUGUUUAACCUGUUUUUAUGAUCAGGAAUGUGUUCUCUGUACGUUCCUAAAUAUGUCCCAUUCCCUGCCUUGACUGGUGAACAACCGCUAGAGACUAAAUACUUGAUAAUCGCCCGAGUGUUUCAGUAAAGACAGACCCGGUAUAGUGAAGGGAUGGCAGUAGCUGGGCUGCUACAGGAGGAAACGUGCUUCAAUAGCAUAGAGGGAUGUGCAUUGAAAUGAUGGACUGAGGUGCACUGGGCUUAUUUAACUCUCUGUUGUGUGUGUGGGUCCCAAAUGGCAUUCCCCAAUCCCAACAUAGUGCACUACUUCUGAUCAGAGCCCUAUGAAGCCAUGGCCAAAGGUAGUGCACUUUAAAGGGAAUAAGGUGCUAUUUGGGAUACACGCCGUGACAGACUAUUAACAUAUAAACUGGCCGGCGCACGCAAGAUUUAGGCCUAGUUCUGGGUUUGGAUUAAUUAAGCUCAGAACACAUCACUGCUGAGUGUCUGACCCCCCCCCCCUCUCCCCCCCCCCUGAUUUAGCCAUGACAAUAUGUGGACUGAGGACUAUCUAAUUAGCCAAUGGCACUGACUGAGGUGUACCGUACUGCACUGUCUGGAUUUGAAUCAUAUGCUUAGUAACCCCAGAAUGUACACAGGCCAAGUCUUUGGUUUAUACUGUAGCAUGACAUCCAGGGGUUACGUCCCAAAUCGCACCCUAUUUCCUGUACAGUGCACUACUUUUAACCAGGGCCCAUAGGAAAUACUAGGCUGUCUUUUGGGACGCGUCACAGAGCUUACACAACUCGGAACAUAUUGCUGCAGACCCCCCCUCUUAGGCCUGACGAUAUGUGGACUGAGUUGCCAGAGCCUCAGCCUGCAGGGAUUCUGGGCCUGGUGUUUUAAACACACUGGAUAUGGGAGGAAUGUGCUCUGAGUCUUAUGAAAAUAAAUCUCUGUGUUAUGAAUUCAUGUGAGAGGCUGAGAGCCAGGGCUCCCUGCUGUGGUCAAACUGUGCCACCUAUAGAGUGUUAAAGUCUUGAGUAAGAAGAUGGAUUUACAGGGUCAAAAUAGUGAAGAAAAUGAUGUCAACACUGAAGUUGAACAUGGAUUAUGGCAAUUAUUCAAAAAUCUUUACCAGAAAUAUGCAUUAUUUUGCUGUAGUGUGUGGAGCAGUAUUUGGGGAAGAGAAAUAGUGGGGAGCAGAAUUUGGGUAAGAUAAAUAGCGUUACGGUGUUCUAAAACAAAACAAAGACAUUUCCAAUAGAAGAUGUAUUUGUUUAUCCAACUGUGGUCUCUCUCUCCAUACCAACCGUGGUGUCUCUCUCCAUACCAACCGUGGUGUCUCUCUCCAUACCAACCGUGGUCUCUCUCUCCAUACCAAAUGACAGUAAAUUGGACAGUAGUGUAAUUCUAGGCCUAUUUAGUGUAUUCACUGUCUCCAUACUCUCACUAGCCACAACAUGGAAUUGAGCUUCACCCACCGAGUCCCCAGUGUGUGUGGGUGGGUGUGUCCGUGUCUGUGCGUGUGUGCGUGCCCGUUCGCGCGUGUGUUGCGUGGGCGCAAAAGCACUCCUCUGCCUACCCCCUCCUGUUUAACCUGCCCACUAGUUACACAGUACACUUCCUGGGAGGAAUGUGACUGUGGCUGAGAAUGGAUUCAUCAUCAUAAUACGUCUAUUCAUGCUUUUACCUUUGUCAUCACUUCUACCUCUUAGGAAAAACGAUGUUCUCUUACAUUAUAUUUCUGUUACGCUAUGAGUCAAACAUUCAAAUACACUUUAUUUUGUGAUAGAAUCGUAUGGUAUAAUGUACUUCAUGUUCAUGUCGAGGUCAAGCUCAGUACAUUUAAUAUACAGUGUGUGUUUUAAAGAACAUCUAGAAUAGAAUACCACAUAACAAUAGAACUAUAGAACCAACCAUAACCAUAGAAAGCACUUUUAUGUUUACUUACGAUCUAGGCUUUAUCUCUGUUGGUCUUAUAAAAUAAAAUCACAUUUUAUUUGUCACAUGCGCUGACUUACAAGCCCUUAACCAACAAUGCAUUUUUAAGAAAAAUGUUUAUUUUUUUUUACUUCAGUUUAUUUAGUAACACAAUAAAAUAACAAUAACGGGGUACCGGUACUGAGUCAAUGUGCGCGGGUACAGGUUAGUCGAGGUAAUUGAGGUAGUAUGUACAUGUAGGUAGGGGUAAAGUGACUAUGCAUAGAUAAUAAACAGGGAGUAGCAGCAAGGGUCAAUGCAAAUAGUCCAGGUAGCCAUUUGAUGAAUUGUUCAGCAGUCUUAUGGCUUGGGGGUAGAAGCUGUUAAGAAGCCUUUUUGGACCUAGACUUGGCGCUCUGGUACUGCUUGCCAUGCAGGCAGCAGAGAGAACAGUGUAUGACUAGGGUGGCUGGAGUCUUUGAAAAUGUUUUGGGCCUUCCUCUGACAUCGCCUAGUAUAGAGGUCCUGGAUGGCAGGAAGCUUGGCCCCAGUGAUGUACUGGGCCGUACGUGCUACCCUCUGUCGGAUGCCGAGCAGUUGCCAUACCAGGCGGUUGAUGCAACCGGUCAGGAUGCUCUCGAUGGUGCAGCUUUAUAACUUUUUGAGGAUCUGAGGAUCCAUGCCAAAUCUUUUCAGUCUCCUGAGGGGGAAUAGGCGUUGUCGUGCCCUCUUCACGACUGUCUUGGUGUGUUUGGACCAUGAUAAUUUGUUGGUGAUGUGGACACCAAGGAACUUGAAGCUCUUAUGAAAGCUUGGUCCUGGGGCCUCGUGCAUCUAGAAUCUAGAUUCAACACUGAUAUCACACAGGAACUCUAUUGAUAACAAUGUUUAUUCUGGAACUGAUUCCGCUAAGUAACUUCUCUAUUUCUGCCAUUACAAGCAGUACUGAAUGUGUCAUGGUAAAUUAUGGGAACUUUUAAUAAAUUCCCUGGUUUUCCAGAAAUCCUGGUUGGAGUAUUCCGGAUUUCCUGCUUAUUCCCUCCUGAUACCGCUAAACCUCCAACUGGGAUUUUGGGAAAACCAGGGACUUUAUUGACACUUACCGGAAUUCUCCAACCCGAGUCAUGCUGCAGUGCUAUGCUGCCCACACAGUACUGAAUGUGUCAUGCUGCAGUGCUAUGCUGCCCACGCAGUAUUGAAUGUGUCAUGCUGCAGUGCUAUGCUGCCCACGCAGUACUGAAUGUGUCAUGCUGCAGUGCUAUGCCGCUCACACGUGUUUGACUAUCAGCGUAUGAGUAAUUUAACACUGAGAGAAAGUAGCAAUAAGCUGAGACAUUUGACACAUCCGUACUGACUGUUCCAGAACAUUUUCCUUGCUCGUUUUUGAAAUAACGUCCUGGCAUUUAGAAUGUUUUGUGUUCCAAGUGGCACCCUAUUCCGUAUAUAGCUCUAUGGGCCAUGGUCAAAAGAAGUGCACUGUGAAGGGAAUGAGAUGCCAUUUGUGAUGCAGGCAAUGCCUCCAAUAUAACGUUAGCUACCCGUCUCAGGCCUGUUGAGUUCUCAGGUCCUUGACAUUUGGUCUUGUCCUCCUCUAUGUUGGAUGCUAAAAUGAAAGACAUUACAUCAAAGAAAAAAAAAAAAAAGAAAAAAACAUUCACCGUCACCACUGUUCUACUGUUUCUCUCACAUGGAUUCGUCUGGUUGUCAGAAUAGCCUAGUGUCUGUGUGUGGCCUACCCAAUAGAAACGCCCUUGACACUCAGUCAGGACACAGCAGCUGUAAAGGUCACAGUGUGGUCUUGAAGGUGGUAAAGUUUGGAGAGAGGAGAGGGGUGGGGGGGGGGGUUUAUCAGCCUGUCUGUUUUUCAUAACACUAGUUGGGUCUAAGCCGUCAUGCCUCUGUGGAACACUGUGGAAUGUAGACACGGGUGACGUUUGUGUGCGAUGGGUUUUACGAGAGAGAGAGAGAGAGAUUUCAGUGUAGUUCUGGUGGCCCUUAGUUGGCUGUGGAGGGAUUAUGGAUUACAUUUCCUGUCCUGUUUGGUUCUGUCAUAUCCUGUUCUGUCAUAUCCUGUUCUGUCAUAUCCUGUUCUGUCAUAUCCUGUUCUGUUCUGCCAUGGCCUGUUCGGUUCUGUCAUAUCCUGUUCUGUCAUAUCCUGUUCUGUCAUAUUCUGUCAUGUCCUCUUCUGUUCUGUCCUGUUCUGUCAUAUCCUGUUCUGUCAUGUCCUGUUCUGUCCUGUUCUGUCAUGUUAUGUCAUGUUCUACAUCUGCAUUGCUUGCUGUUUGGGGUUUUAUGCUGGGUUUCUGUAUAGCACUUUGUGACAUCUGCUGAUGUAAAAAGGGCUUUAUAAAUAACAUUUGAUUGAUUGGUUGUCCUGUCGUGUGUGUCGUGUCAUGUUCUGUCAUAACCUGUUCUGUCAUGUUCUGUCAUAUCCUGUUCUGUCAUAUUCUGUCUUGUCUUGUUCUGUCAUGUCCUCUUCUGUUCUGUCCUGUUGUGUCAAUGCCCUGUUCGGUCAUCUCCCAUCUGUUCUGUCAUCUCCCAUCUGUUCUGUCAUACCUUGUUCUGUCAUGUCCUACCUGUUAUGUCAUGUUCUGUUUUGUCAUGUCAUGUUCUGCCUUGUCCUUUCAUGUUCUGUCAUGUCCUAUCCUGUCCUGUUCUGUCAUGUCCUGUCCUGACCUGUCCUGUCCUGUCCUGUCCUGUCCUGUCCUGUUCUGUCCUGUUCUGGCCUGUUCUGUCAUGUCCUGUUCUCUCCUGUUCUGUCAUGUCCUGUUCUGUCCUGUUCUGUCACGUCCUGUUCUGUCAUGUCCCUGAGACAGAGGGGGUAUAGAUCUAGGAUGGUGAUGGCUGCCUAUUGAGGCUCAGGCUAUAGCCUGGUCCCAGGUUUUGCCAUGUCUAUUCGGCACACAGAUCUGGGACCCAGGUUUUGCCAUGUCUAUUCGGCACACAGAUCUGGGACCAGGUUUUGCCAUGUCUAUUCGGCACACAGAUCGUCAGUUUUGCCAUGUCUAUUCGGCACCAGAUUGGUCCGUUUGCCAUGUCUAUUCGGCACACAGAUCUGGUCCCAGGUUUUGCCAUGUCUAUUCGGCACACAGAUCUGGGACCAGGUUUUGCCAUGUCUAUUCGGCACACAGAUCUGGGACCAGGUUUUGCCAUGUCUAUUCGGCACACAGAUCUGGGACCAGGUUUUGCCAUGUCUAUUCGGCACACAGAUCUGGGACCAGGUUAGGCAGGACCAUGUUGGCCACAAAGGACAAACCGAUCUGGAACCAGGCUAGGAGGCUCAUGGAAACUAAGGUUUGAUUCCCCCUCAAUUAGGCUUGGGCGGUAUACCGUAUAUACCGUACACCGGGGUAUUUCGAAAAAAGCCACAGGAUGGUUAUUCAAUACUGUCAAUACCGUAAAAACAAUUUAUUUGAAGUUUGUCAAUACAUUUGAAUAUUUGUAGCAACUUUUUAAGUUAAUACCUGCAGUCAACUUGUGCAAUACGUUUGGAGAUAAAGCAGAUUGCGUUCUUCAUUUCACCUGUCACAUUAUUUUACAUUAUGAAGCGUAGUUCCACAGAACAUGUGUUUGUUUGUAAAUAGCAGCUAUUUGGCUGGCAGCCACACAAGUAAAUGAGCUUACAAUGACAAAGCAAGGUAUUUUUUUCAAAAACAAUGCAUGGCCAUCGUAUUUCUACUGCUUAUCAUAGAAAGAAUGUAGCCAGCUACAUUUCCUAAUGUUUUGCUUAAAUUUAAUAUUGCACUUUACCAGUGGUGUAAAGUACUUAAGUAAAAAUACUUUAAAGUACUACUUAAGUCAUUUUUGGGGGGUAUCUGUACUUUACUUUACUAUUUAUAUUUUUGGCCAACUUUUACUUCACUACAUUCCUGAAGAAAAUAAUGUACUUUUUACUCCAUACAUUUUUCCUUACACCCAAAAGUACUCGUUACAUUUUGAAUGCUUAGCAGGACAGGAAAAUGGUCCAAUUCACGCACUUAUCAAGAGAACCACCCUGGUCAUCCCUACUGCCUCUGAUCUGGCGGACUCACUAAACACACAUACUUCAUUUGUAAAUUAUGUCUGAGUGUUGGAGUGUGCCCCUGGCUAUCUGUCAAUAAAAAUAAGAAAUACAAAUGUGUGCCCUCUGGUUUGCUUAAUGUAAGGAAUUUGAAAUGGUUCAUACUUUUACUUUUGAUACUUAAGUACAUUUUAACAAUUCCAUUUACUUUAUAUACUUAAGUAUAUUUAAAACCAAAUAGUUUUAGACUUUUACUCAAGUAGUAUUUUACUGGGUGACUUUCACUUUUACUUUAGUAAUUUUCUAUUAAGGUAUCUUUUACUUUUACUCAAGUAGGACAAUUUAGUACUUUUUCCACCACUGCACUUUACAAGAGAAAAGUGGGCUAGCUACACCGAGAAAAGUAGCUGGACAUCAGUUAGAACGUUGUCUGCCUGUUCGUGAAUUCUCAUCCGAGUGGAGAAGUGCAACUGAAGAACAAAAUUAGUCUGAUGCCGAGCAGAAAUUACAAUAAGAAGCAUUUUAGAUCCGCGUUGACAAAAUGCAGCAAGAUAUUUCUUAUGCGUUUUUAUCUUUUUUUGUUGUUGUGAAAAACGCAGAAUUCUGGGUUAAUGCGACCCCUAAAUUUAACUUGCUAGUUAUCUAAGUGGCUGAAAUACUAAUGUGACGGGGCUUCAUGUUGUGUUAUCUUUCUGCCAUGUUUGAGAAUAAAAGCCAUUUGGAUGAGUUACAGUGAGGGAAAAAAGUAUUUGAACCCCUGCUGAUUUUGUAAGUUUGCCCACUGACAAAGAAAUGAUCAGUCUAUAAUUUUAAUGGUAGGUUUAUUUGAACAGUGAGAGACAGAAUAACAACAAAAAAAUCCAGAAAAACGCAUGUCAAAAAUGUGAUAAAUUGAUUUGCAUUUUAAUGAGGGAAAUAAGUAUUUGACCCCUCUCAAUCAGAAAGAUUUCUGGCUCCCAGGUGUCUUUUAUACAGGUAACGAGCUGAGAUUAGGAGCACACUCUUAAAGGGAGUGCUCCUAAUCUCAGAUUGUUACCUUUAUAAAAGACACCUGUCCACAGAAGCAAUCAAUCAAUCCGAUUCCAAACUCUCCACCAUGGCCAAGACCAAAGAGCUCUCCAGGGAUGUCAGGGACAAGAUUGUAGACCUACACAAGGCUGGAAUGGGCUAUAAGACCAUUGCCAAGCAGCUUGGUGAGAAGGUGACAACAGUUGGUGCGAUUAUUCGCAAAUGGAAGAAGCACAAAAUAACUGUCAAUCUCCCUCGGCCUGGGGCUCCAUACAAGUUCUCACCUCGUGGAGUUGCAAUGAUCAUGAGAACGGUGAGGAAUCAGCCCAGAACUACACGGGAGGAUCUUGUCAAUGAUCUCAAGGCAGCUGGGACCAUAGUCACCAAGAAAACAAUUGGUAACACACUACGCCGUGAAGGACUGAAAUCCUGCAGCGCCCGCAAGGUCCCCCUGCUCAAGAAAGCACAUAAACAGGCCCGUCUGAAGUUUGCCAAUGAACAUCUGAAUGAUUCAGAGGAGAACUGGGUGAAAGUGUUGUGGUCAGAUGAGACCAAAAUCGAGCUCUUUGGCAUCAACUCAACUCGCCGUGUUUGGAGGAGGAGGAAUGCUGCCUAUGACCCCAAGAACACCAUCCCCACCGUCAAACAUGGAGGUGGAAACAUUAUGCUUUGGGGGGUUUUCUGCUAAGGGGAUAGGACAACUUCACCGCAUCAAAGGGACGAUGGACGGGGCCAUGUACCGUCAAAUCUUGGGUGAGAACCUCCUUCCCUCAGCCAGGGCAUUGAAAAUGGGUCGUGGAUGGGUAUUCCAGCAUCACAAUGACCCCAAACACACAGCCAAGGCAACAAAGGAGUGGCUCAAGAAGAAGCACAUUAAGGUCCUGGAGUGGCCUAGCCAGUCUCCAGACCUUAAUCCCAUAGAAAAUCUGUGGAGGGAGCUGAACGUUCGAGUUGCCAAACGUCAGCCUCGAAACCUUAAUGACUUGGAGAAGAUCUGCAAAGAGGAGUGGGACAAAAUCCCUCCUGAGAUGUGUGCAAACCUGGUGGCCAACUACAAGAAAACGUCUGACCUCUGUGGGGUUUUGCCACCAAGUACUAAGUCAUGUUUUGCAGAGGGGUCAAAUACUUAUUUCCCUCAUUAAAAUACAAAUCAAUGUAUAACAUUUUUGACAUGCGUUUUUCUGGAUCUUUUUGUUGUUAUUCUGUCUGUCACUGUUCAAAUAAACCUACCAUUAAAAUGAUAGACUGAUCAUGUCUUUGUCAGUGGGCAAACGUACAAAAUCAGCAGGGGAUCAAAUACUUUUUUCCCAUCACUCUAUCUGUACAGCUGGGACUGCUAUCUUGAUUUUCUUGAAAUGUUAUAUCCUCUCUGUUCUGGCCUGUCUGCUCCUCCCCCAUCUUCUCUGAGCAGAGCAGGCUGUUGUUCUAGCGACUCGACACAGAUCCAGCGUGUACCCAUGCUGCUCCAGUGCCAGUACUGUCCUUCCUUCAAAACUUUGUUCAUUUUGUCACAGGCCGGCUCAUAGCCUGUGGCAAAAAUGAGGGGACAUGAACAACAGGUAUAGGCCAAUCAAAAGGUUAUUUUAUUGUAAACCAAAAACUAUUUAACUUUAAACAAAGAAAAAGGAAUGAGGUGUGGAAAUGUCAUAAUGUAGGGUGUAGGUAAGGUGCAUGGAUGCAUGAAUCUGUGUGUGUGUGAACAUGACUGAGUGGAAACUAAGUAAACCUGCAAAGGAACAAACAAACCAGGACCAUACCUGGAGGAGCAGGGAGAGAGAGAGAGAGAGAGAGUGGUUAGUGAAGCAGUUUUAAAUACCCUGAGCCCAGGUGGCUCCAAUCACACCAACUCCAAUCACUAACAAACCUCCUCUGCCUGCAGGAGGAACCGCCCCUGCACUGCAGAGGAGGGGCCGUGACACCCCCCUCCUUAAAAUGAGGGUCCCACCCUCAACCCAAAUUACGACCCAACAUAUUUAAAACAAUCCAAAAUUCCUCCCAAAAAUAAAAAAUAAAAACGGAUACCAGUCCCGGCUUCCAACAGUAGCCCCGUGUCCCCUAGCUGAAUGUCCGUCCUCAAACUCAGCAGCCCUGGUACCUGGGGAGCAAUUUAAGAGAAAAGAGGCGCAGACAGCCCGCAGGGGUCAGCAGAGAGAAAAUGCAAACUAGGCUAAAGGAGCACGGGACAGAGCAUCAGCAAUGAUAUUAUCCUUACCACUAAUAUGUCUAAUAUCGAGGUUGAAUGGUUGCAAGAACAAAGCCCAACGCAUCAGGCGCUGGUUUGGAUUUUGCAGGGACUUCAGAAAAAUAAGUGGGUUGUGGUCAGUAAACACAGUUACAGGGGUUAAACCAGAACCAACAUAGACCUCGAAGUGCUGUAAAGCCCAAAUGAGACCUAAAGCCUCCUUUUCAAUUACAGAAUGGUUUUGCUGAUACUUAUUAAAUUUCCGGGAAAAGAAACUGACUGGACACUCAACAUUGUCAUCAUUUUCCUGGAGAAGCACAGCCCCAGCACCAAUUUGACUGGCAUCUACCUGCAAUUUGAAAGAUUUCCUAAAAUUUGGUGCUGCCAACACGGGUGCCAAACACAAAAGAGCCUUAACAGCAUCAAAUGCCUCUUGACACUGGGUGGACCAGAUAAAUUCAGCCUUGGCCUUCAACAGAUUGGUCAGGGGGGACACUACUACCGAAAAGUUUUUACAGAAAGCACGGUAGUACCCCACCAUUCCCAGGAUGCGCAUCAGUUCUUUCUUUGUGGAGGGCUGUGGGAACUGCUUCACAGUCUGAACCUUGGCUUCCACGGGACAGACAACACCCUGACCCACAACCUUGCCCAGGUAUGUGACUGUAGCUUUAGCAAACUCACACUUUGCCAAAUUGAUAGUCAACCUGGCCCACACCAGUCUUUCGAACAGGGCUUGCACUCCACAGAGUCUGAGUUAUAGGACCACGUCAUCCAAAUACACGGCACACCCUUCCAGACCUGAGACCACCCGAUUCAUCAGCCUCUGGAAGGUGGCUGGAGCAUUCCGCAAGCCGAAAGGCAUCACUGUAUAAGAGAACAAACCAGAUGGAGUUAUAAAGGCAGCAAUCUCACAAGCUCUUUUGGUAAGGGGUACUUGCCAAUAUCCCUUUGAGAGAUCAAAUUUGCUAACAUACUUUGCCGACCCAACUUGAUCAAUACAGUCCUCCAUCCUAGGAAGAGGGUAAAGGUCUGCUUUAGUAACAUUGUUAACUUUUCUAUAAUCAGUGCAAGGUCUGAAAGUGGAAUCAGACUUCUUGACCAGAAGACAGGGUGAAGCCCAAUUUGAACAACAUGGCUCCGCCAAUACCAUUGUCCAACAUAUACCGCACCUCUGUUUCCAACUGCAGUCUCUUCUCCUGAGAUACACGAUAAAAUCUCUGUUUAAUAGGCUUAGCAUCUCCGAUAUCUAUGUCACGCUCAAUUAAAUGGGUUUUCGAUAAGAGUGUCAGAAAACAAAACAGGGUAGCUUCUAAUAAGAUCUACCAAUGCAUCACGUUUCUCAGAGUCUAAAUGAUCUACCAAAACCCCAAGGUUUUGCAAAGUCUGGGAAUUGUUCAACCGACCUUGUAAGACCUCAUCCGAAACCCUAACUACCUCCUCUUCUCCCCCCCCCCUCCACAAAGUUAAAGCCACAAGACUGUAGUGACUGGAACAGCAGUCAACGCUGACCUCACCGCUGGAGUGCCUUCCACUUUGCUUAGAUCACGGGAGUGAUAACAUUUUAACAGGUUCACAUGGCAUCAUUUAGAAGACUUCCUAUGACCAGGGGUUUCAAUGAGAUUAGUUCAAAUCUGACACUUUGCGCAACACAGUGAAAGGACCACAGUAUUUUUUGCCUGAAAAGGUGAACUUACAAGAGGCAAAAGAGCAAGUACACGAUCACCGGGACUAAACCCACGGAGCUCAGACUGUCCGUCAUAUUUUUCUGUUUCAUUUUCUGUUGAGAACAUAUUCGUUUUUCUUUCGCCGGUUCACCAGCCCUAUACAACUUCAGCCUAAAACCAUUUACAUAGUCAAUUUGGGUUAGUUUAGUUCAGAUUGGCAAAUUUUUUGUUUGAGGGGAUGUUUUGGUUGGGCCAAUAUUGUUGGAGAGAGCGUUGAGAGCCAUGUGUUCUUUUGGUUUAGUUAAUUUGGUAGUUAAAUUUGGGUAGCAAUUCACUCUGGGUUUUUCUGGGUUGUUGUUCAAGUGGGAGUCCUCUCCUGUUCAGGCUUAUCAGCUAGUGUCAGUAGGAGGCUCGUGGUGUUUUUGUUUUAGGUGGCAGUGAACGUGGGUAGAGCUUCCCUUUCCCUUUUCCCUUACAUCGGCUCGGGAGCACCUCCGUGGUUAUGGGGGGGGGUUUCUGGUUGUCUUUUCCACUCCACUGGUUUUGUGUGCAUAAAGCCCCACCACACGUGACUGCACGAAGACUAGGGCCAGUUAGUUAGUUGUUUUUGGAGGAUAGUGGGGUGUGGCUCUUGUCCUUGAACCCAGACUGACAGCAGGUGAAUUGUGUAUUUUUUUUGUUUUGGAGCAUUUGUAAUGGUUGUAUUGGUUGAGUAAAAUGUCUUACAUUCUGAGUGGUUUUGUUCAAGCUCCUUCAGAGGUAGCCUUAGAGUUGUGUACUAAGGAGCAGUUAAUUGAAAUUGCUGAACAUUAUCAGAUUGAGAUUGUUGAUAAAAAAAAUUAAAGAGACUGUUAAAGCUAAAUUAAAGCAGGGUCUUAGGGGAAUAGGUGUUUUUUUGGGUCAAUCUGCUAGUAGUGAGGGCACAAGUUUUCAGUCUAGUUCUUCAUUAACUUUUGAGCAGCAGAGGGAGCUGUUUGCAUAUGCAGUUGGAGAUAGAGCGAUUGAGAAAUGCUAAUAGACCAGAGGGACUACCACAGUUUGAUGUUUCACGGAAUCUUUGUUUGUUGCCGAAAUUUGAUGAGUCAGAUCCAGACACAUCAUUUGCUUUAUUUGAGCGUAUUUUUGCGAAAGCUUGGUCAGAUUUGGACAUGACUAUGUUGUUGCAAUGUGUACUUACAGGUAAAGCACGUGAGGCUUUUGUAGCACUGAGUGUAGCUGACAGUAAAGUGUAUGAUAAAGUUAAAUCAGCAGUUCUGAAGGUCUACGAGCUUGUGCCAGAGGCAUAUCGUCAACGUUUUCGUUACAGGAAAAAGUUAGAUUCACAAACCUAUUCUUAGUUUGUUUGUGAUUUGACUUCUGCAUUUAAUCGUUGGUGUACAGCUUCUGAAGUUAGUACUUUUGAGGGUCUGUCUAAUUUGAUUGUGUUAGAACAGUUCAAAAAUUCUGUGUCUGACCAGGUUGCUACAUACAUGAACGAACGUAAAGUUAAGUCUCCAGGUGAUGCAGUGGUCCUUGCAGGUGAGUACAGGCUAACACAUAAAAGCCAUUUUGAGUCAAACAGUGACAAGUACCAUUAAAAUAACUUCCCUUCUAGGAAUAGUAGGUCACCUUAUUUUGGAGCUUCUUUUCAAAGGCCUCAGCAGAAGUUUGGGUCUGGAGGACUUAAAGCACCGGUUAAUGGUAAUACCUGUCGCUACUGUUUAGUUGAAGGACAUUGGAAGAAAGAUCCUGUCUUCUACUUAAAUCAAAAAAGUGGGGUCAAGUUAGACCUGCUGUGACGGCAGCUCCUGUUACAGCCUCUGACCACCAGAAUGAGUUUUUUUCAGCCACUAGUUGAGUUUGAUUCUCAGUCUUCCCACGGUGAUUUUUUCAGCCUUUAUUUCAGAUGGUGUAGUGUCCCUGGUAGAUGGCAACCAAAACUGUUUCAAUCAAGAUCUUAAGAGACACUGGAGCUUUUAGAUUAUUUUUAUUUUGGAAUCUGUGUUGCCGUUCUGUAAGGAGUCUGAUGCUGGCAGAUGUGUAAUGGUACGUGGUGUGGGUUUAGUUCCACUCUCCUUUACAUGAAGUUACCCUAAAAUGUGGUCUGGUAGAGGGUGAUGUAGAUGUUGGGGUGAGACCCCAGUUGCCAGUAGAGGGAGUACACAUGAUUUUGGGGAACGACUUGGCGGGUAGUAAGGUGUGGGCAGAUGGCAAAUUAAACAUCUUUAUGAAGCAACCUUCAGUGUCCCCAGCAAAGGUAUCUCCAGAUCUCAACUGUGUGUCUCCUAAGGUAUUUCCAGUUUUGUGCUGUUACCCGCGCUGCCUCUCGUAAUAAUGUUGAGAGUAAGCCAGAAAGUCUCGAGUUGCCCGGUCAAACUCCAGACAGAACAGUUGACUAGUUCUAGAGAUUAAUUGAUAGCUGAGCAAAAGGCCGAUACUACCUUGGCUGAUCUGUUUGAUAAAGUUGUUCCUGAUUCAGUGGUGAGGAAUAGUGUUCAGUGUUAUUUUCUUCUUGAUGGGCUGUUGGUCAGGAAAUGUGUUCCACACUAUGAUCAGGGUCUAGGAGAACCAGUCUUUCAAAUAGUUGUACCUACUACUUUGCGAAAUAAAGCUUCACAUGAUGAUGUGGCAGGUCAUAUGGGUGUUCGUAAAACUUCUAAUGGUAUAUAUUUUUUUUCUGGCCACGUUUAAAGCGGGAUGUAGCUAAGUUUAUUAAAACUUGUGAUACGUGUCAGCGCACAAGCAAGCCAAACCAGGUUUUAAAGCCAGCACCUUUGUAUCCAAUACCAGCCGUAGGGCAACCUUUUGAGAGCCUCUUAUUAUCGAUUGUGUUGGGCCUUUACCACGGUCCAAGUCAGGUCAUAGCUACUUAUUAACUGUUACGUGUCAAGCAACUAGAUAUCCGGCAGCUUUUUCCUUGCGUACCAUAACUUCAAAAUCAGUAGUUAAAGCGUUAACUCAAUUUAUUUCAUCAUUUGGGAUUCCAAAAAUCAUCCAGGCAGAUCAGGGGUCUAACUUUACCUCCCGUUUAUUUGCUCAGGUUCUCAAACAGCUUAAAGUUAAACACAACAAGUCUACUGCGUUCCAUGCCCAGAGCCAGGGAGCUUUGGAACGUUUUCAUCAAACUUUAAAAUCCUUGCUUCGUGCAUAUUGUAAAGAACUGUCUGCAGAUUGGGAGGAUGUCUCUCAUUCACAUUAGCUUGUAAAUGUCCAAACUCACCAAAAAUGACAUUUGGUAGCUCCUACCUACAGUGCAUUUGGAAAGUAUUCAGACAACUUGACUUUUUCCACAUUUUGUUACGUUACAGCCUUAUUCUAAAAUUGAUUAAAUUGUUUUUUCCCCUCAUCAAUCUACACACAAUACCCCAUAAUGACAAAGCAAAAACAGGUUUUUAGACAUUUUUGCUAUUAUAAAUGUAAAACUGAUAUAUCAAAUUUACAUAGGUAUUCAGACCCUUUACUCAGUACUUUGUUGAAGCACCUUUGGCAGCGAUUACAGCCUCGAGUCUUCUUGGGUAUGACGCUACAAGCUUCUCCCAUUCUUCUCUGCAGAUCCUCUCAAGCGCUUGCAGGUUGGAUGGGGAGUGUCGCUGUACAGCUAUUUUCAGGUCUCCAGAGAUUUCAAUCGGGUUCAAGUCCACUCAAGGACAUUCAGAGACUUGUCCCGAAGCCACUCCUGCAUUGUCUUGGCUGUGUGCUUAGGGUCGUUGUCCUGUUGGAAGGUGAACCUUCGCCCCAGUCUGAGGUCCUGAGCGCUCUGGAGCAGGUUUUCAUCAAGGAUCUCUCUGUACUGUGCUCCGUUCAUCUUUCCCUCCAUCCUGACUAGUCUCUCAGUCCCUGCCGCUGCAAAACAUCCCCACAGCAUGAUGCUGCCACCACCAUGCUUAACCGUAGGGAUGGUGCCUGGCUUUCUUCAGACAUAACGCUUGGCAUUCAGGCCAAAGAGUUCAAUCUUGGUUUCAUCAGACCAGAGAAACGUGUUACUCAUGGUCUGAGAGUCCUUUAGGUGCCUUUAAGCGGGCUGUCAUGUGCCCUUCUCCCCCGGUUGCUCAGUUUGGCCUGGCAGCCAGCUCUAAGAAGAGUCUUGGUGGUUUCAAACUUCUUCUAUUUAUGAAUGAUGGAGGCCACUGUGUUCUUGGGGAUCUUCAAUGCUGCAGAAUUGUUUUGGUACCCUUCUCCAGAUCUGUGCCUCGACACAAUCCUGUCUCGGAGCUCUACAGACAAUUCCUUCGACCUCAUGGCUUGGUUUUUGCUCUGACAUGCACUGUCAACUGUGGGACCUUAUAUAGACAGGUGUGUGCCUUUCCAAAUCAAGUCCAGUCAAUUGAAUUUACCACAGGUGGACUCCAAUCAAGUUGUAGAAACAUCUUAAGGAUGAUCAAUGGAAACAGGAUGUACCUGAGCUCAGGGUCUGAAUACUUAUGUAAGUAAGGUAUUUCUGUUUUUAUUUUUAAUACAUUUGCAACAAUUUCUAAAACCUGUUUUCGCUUUGUCAUUAUGGGAUAUUGUGUGUAGAUUGAUGAGGAAAUUGUUUUAUUUAAUCAAUUUUAGAAUAAGGCUGUAACGUAACAAAAUGUGGAAAAAGUCAAGGGGUCUGAAUACUUUCCGAAUGCACUGUAUAUAUGUGUAACUUCAUGGGCUGAAUUGCCUGUCUUUGCAAUUUUGUUUAUUUUCGUUUGUGCUCGUUAGCAUGUUUAGCUAGCAGCCUCCAUUGAAAUUCGCUAUUACUUGUGCUAAUUCUGUUAGCAUACUGGUAAUAGAUGCCCAAUGGGCUUUUUUGUGGGGUUUUUUUUUUGGCGCCCCCUAGUGUACUAAGCCGGUAAUACCAUAAAUCCCGGGAUGAGAGAAGGACAGUAUGAUGAUAUGAAAAUCUGGAUACCGCCAACCCUACCCACAAUUCUCUUUUUUUAUUAGCUAGGAGGUCUGUCUGACUAGGAACACACAUCAGGAAAGUAAGACUCGGGUAGAUGGGGAGGAAAGGGGGAUACCUAGUCAGUUGCACAACUGAAUGCAUUCAACUGAAAUGUGUCUUCCGCAUUUAACCCAAUCAGAGUGUAGCUUGAAAUCAGAAGAAAAUUUAAGAGCCGUUUAUUCUGACCUGGGGUAGUUUAAGCAAGGCAGGACAAAUAGUUUGUACUGUGUGUGUGUGUCUGUGUUUUGUUUUUUUGUGUGCUGUGUGCCGGGGUGUCAAACAAAUGGCCUGUGGCUCCAGCUAGCAUGUAGUUGCCAAGGAUGAGACCGAGACAGAUGGAGGGAGAGAGGAGGGACUGUUCAGGUUGGAUAGUUCGGACACCCCCCACCUCCUACAUGUUGGCCAUGAUGGUAAUCUCCACAGAGACACCUCCCCCUAUCUGUCUGGUCUGAGGUGUGUGUGUGUGUUCAGUAAUAAUAACCCAGUAGCAACGUAACGUCCGGGACACACGGGACCAUCACUCAAGACAGAGAAGCAGAGGGAAAGAGAUCGAGGUAAGAGCUGACCAUGGAGAAGGAAAGACAGGGAACCAUGACACAUAGAAACCCACAACAUGGAUAUGGGCCUGGCCAUCGGCACGGGAUGGAGCAGGUAAGUGACCUACUCCAUGUGAAGUUACUUACCGUAAUGACUCUAAAUGCAGAGCUAUAGACUCACUCUAAACAGUUAUUCAAUAGUGGAAUUGUUUUAGUCCAGAAUAUGUCUGUACUCUGUAAUCAGAUACCUACCGUAUAAGACCUUUUUUAGAUUUGUGUUCUUGUCUGUGCUGUUCAAUUCUGCACUGACUGGCUCUGGCUUUCACUCUCAUCUGGGUUUAAUCGUUGGCCAUCUCUUCCAAGUUUGAAACUAAAUUAAAUUGUAGACGAUUAGCCCAUGUUAUUAGAGGCACAGAGUUGAUAGCAGAUAGAAUGUAAAGGUAAGGAUUCUCCAAUUCACAGCGAUCAAGGUUAAGAGGGCAAACUGUUGGAGUAGUGGUUAUCACCAUAUAAAUAUGAUCUCUGUAAUCACUUUCUAUGAUUAUUACUCUGUAACAACCCUAUGAUUGUCUCUGUAAUGAUUUGAAUCACUUUAACAUAUCAACCCUCCUAAUACACUACCUAUACCACCCUUUCUUUUCCAAUAUAUCUGUUCUUUUGAAUAUUCUUAUGUUUAGAGAGGAGAGAGAGAGAGAGAGAGGGAGAAGAGGAGAGAGAGAGAGAGAGAGGAUAGAAGAGAGAGAGCGCGAGAGAGACUAGAGAGAUAGAGAGAAGCAUAUAUAGAUAUAUAUAUAGGAGAGAGCGUAGACGCUCAAACUAGUCCUCGAGCUCGCUACGCUCCUCUUUCUCUCUCUCUCUCUUCAUCUCCGUUGCUCUCUCUUCUCUCUCUCUCGCUCUCUCUCGCCGCUCUCUCUUCUGGUUCUGAUCUCUCUAGUUACCUUUGAAUUGCCCUGACUUCAUGUUAGGAAAGGCAGAACAUUGAAAUGUACCCUACCUAGAUGUUCUAGAUGCAAAGCAAACACCAAAUGCUUUUUCACUAAAAUGAGAGAGCACACUACAGUCCAGAUAAGGCCACACAUCCAGUUGCCAAAACGGCGACAUGCAGAGUUCUCCACUCCAUGCCGUUUUCUGUUUUUAAACAGAGUUUUUAGUUACUCUGGCUCUCACUGAUUUCUUAAUCCAAGGUUAUGAAAGUUCAAUGGAUAGUUGUAGGCUACUAGCUUCUACUCUUGAAACUACUAACUAGGUAUAUAUAUAUAACUAACUAACCAACUCUACUUAUCACGAUCAGGCCAUCUUUACUAUCGUCAUUAUAAAGUAUGGAUGACUCUGCAAUGACUACGCUACACACACUGUGUGCUUCAUAUGUCAGUGUAACCCACAAUAGCCAAGUCACUGUUGGUACUCUGCCUUGUUGUCUGGGAGUUAUCCCUUAUGUGUUGUGUCAACUCACCGUCUCCACACAUCUCGUUUUCAGUCCAAACACAGCCUAUGGACAUCUCAAAUAUAUAGCAACAGACCAUCCAGGAAGCUGUCCUAUGCAUGAAUGGUUGGCCAGGGUUCAGGAGGUUGUCACGUUGUGUUGAGUUGCAUGCGUUAAUAGCUGAGGGACAAAUGAAAUAAGUGAUGUCUGCAACUCUUGCUUAUGGACAAACCUACAAACAUGAUAUAUACACACACACACACACACACAAACCUAGAGACGCAUACUUGUUGAAGGAGAGUUUUGGUGGACACUGGACAGUGUGGUUCGGUAGAAGUGUCAUUGAGGAGUGAGGACACUGUCUGUUAAUUAAACCUAGUGAGGUGAAAUGACCACAGAGAAACAGAGAUAUAAAAAGAGAUGACAUUGGUACAUCACUGGUACAUCACUGGUACAUCACUGGUACAUCACUGGUACAUCACUGGUACGUCACUGGUACGUCACUGGUACGUCACUGGUACAUCACUGGUACAUCACUGGUACAUCACUGGUACAUCACUGGUACGUCACUGAUACAUCAGUGUAUUAAGGCUGAGUUGUUAGCUGGCCAGGGACGAUGCUCUGUGUCCGACACUAUACUGCUCCCAGCCUGUCGUGUGUGUGUGUGUGCGUGUGUGCGUGUGUGUGGGUGUGUGUGGGUGUGGUGUCAGGUUGGGUGUGGUGACAACUAAAAUAAAAGUAUAUCCAUGCAAGUGGACAAUAAAGAUCUAUUCUGUUCCUGGGGUCUACUUUGGGCCCAGGACAGGUUUCCCUGUUUAUUAUCCUGGUGGAACCAGCCUGAUCGCUGCCUUCACCAUUCUGUUAUCCUGGUGGAACCAGCCUGAUCGCUGCCUUCACCAUUCUGUUAUCCUGGUGGAACCAGCCUGAUCGCUGCCUUCACCAUUCUGUUAUCUUGGUGGAACCAGCCUGAUCGCUGCCUUCACCAUUCUGUUAUCCUGGUGGAACCAGCCUGAUCGCUGCCUUCACCAUUCUGUUAUCCUGGUGGAACCAGCCUGAUCGCUGCCUUCACCAUUCUGUUAUCUUGGUGCAACCAGCCUGAUCGCUGCCUUCACCAUUCUGUUAUCCUGGUGGAACCAGCCUGAUCGCUGCCUUCACCAUUCUGUUAUCCUGGUGGAACCAGCCUGAUCGCUGCCUUCACUAUUCUGUUAUCUUGGUGGAACCAGCCUGAUCGCUGUCCUUCACCAUUCUGUUAUCCUGGUGGAACCAGCCUGAUCGCUGCCUUCACCAUUCUGUUAUCCUGGUGGAACCAGCCUGAUCGCUGCCUUCACCAUUCUGUUAUCCUGGUGGAACCAGCCUGAUCGUUGCCUUCACCAUUCUGUUAUCCUGGUGGAACCAGCCUGAUCGCUGCCUUCACCAUUCUGUUAUCCUGGUAGAACCAGCCUGAUCGCUGUCUUCACCAUAUUAUUAUCCUGGUGGAACCAGCCUGAUCGCUGCCUUCACCAUUCUGUUAUCCUGGUAGAACCAGCUUGAUCCCUGACUUCACCAUUCUGUUAUCCUGGUGGAACCAUCCUGAUCGCUGACUUCACCAUUCUGUUAUCCUGGUGGAACCAGCCUGAUCGCUGCCUUCACCAUUCUGUUAUCCUGGUGGAACCAGCCUGAUCGCUGCCUUCACCAUUCUGUUAUCCUGGUAGAACCAGCCUGAUCGCUGCAUUCACCAUUCUGUUAUCCUGGUGGAACCAGCCUGAUUGCUGCAUUCACCAUUCUGUUAUCCUGGUGGAACCAGCCUGAUCGCUGCCUUCACCAUUCUGUUAUCCUGGUGGAACCAGCCUGAUCGCUGCCUUCACCAUUCUGUUAUCCUGGUGGAAACAGCCUGAUCGCUGUCUUCACCAUUCUGUUAUCCUGGUGGAACCAGCCUGAUCGCUGCCUUCACCAUUCUGUUAUCCUGGUGGAACCAGCCUGAUCGCUGCCUUCACCAUUCUGUUAUCCUGGUGGAACCAGCCUGAUCGCUGCCUUCACCAUUCUGUUAUCCUGGUGGAACCAGCCUGAUUGCUGCCUUCACCAUUCUGUUAACUUGGUGUAACCAGCCUGAUCGCUGCCUUUACCAUUCUGUUAUCCUGGUGGAACCAGCCAUUUUAUUCACUCCCUCCCUGUUCCAGUAAUUUUCUUCAGUUUGGUGCCUAAUGAAUACAACCCUGUUUAUCAGCUGCAGAUCUUUAUCCUCAUGUCACUAGUCCCUGUAGAUAAUGACUGUAUGGUCCCCUUCAGGUUGUUCCGCAGGCUCCCUAUAGAUAAUGACUGUAUGGUCCCCUUCAGGUUGUUCUGCAGGCUCCCCUGUAGAUAAUGACUGUAUGGUCCCCUUCAGGUUGUUCCGCAGGCUCCCUGUAGAUAAUGACUGUAUGGUCCCCUUCAGGUUGUUCCGCAGGCUCCCUGUAGAUAAUGACUGUAUGGUCCCCUUCAGGUUGUUCCGCAGGCUCCCUGUAGAUAAUGACUUGGUAUGGUCACCCUUCAGGUUGUUCUGCAGGCUCCCUGUAGAUAAUGACUGUAUGGUCCCCUUCAGGUUGUUCCGCAGGCUCCCUGUAGAUAAUGACUGUAUGGUCCCCUUCAGGUUGUUUACAGUCAUUGUGUGCAUAUGUUGAAAGACAUAACGAACAGGAAACACAAGACAGAUGAUUAGCCUAUCUACAGAUCUGCUAUCUUAAUUUGAUCACUCUGUUGUCGCAGAUAAUUUUCCUGUAUUCAAGGUUUAAAAAGGCUUCUAAAGUUUGUAAUUUCCACUUUGAAAUAUCAGACUUGAUAUUAGCCUAACGAAAUAUGCCUCAACCCCUACAAAAAAAUGUCCAUUCAUUAUAAUCCACAUAAUUCACAUUUCCUGUUGCUGCAGAAUUAUUUUGGCUGUACAAGAUAAAAUAGAGCCAGUGUCACUAUCACUGCCACAGGAGUGCUCCUGGCUGGUACAGAGAACGUCUGGAGUCCAGCGUACUUCUGUAGGCUAUCAGUGGUGAUGUCACUACAAGGUUAAUCACUGGUGAUGUCACUACAAGGUUUAUCACUGGUGAUGUCACUACAAGGUUUCAUAAGUAUGUCCUCACUCUCUAAGCUUUCACAGGUUGCUCGACAGAUCUGUACCUCCCAACAACAUCUCACCCUCCCUGGCCGUCUGUUGCCCUCAUUGACCCCUAGUUAAAACUAUCCUUAAUCUCUCUAAUGUCCAACACCAACUGUGUAUGCCUUUUCAGGCUGCGUGUCUUUCUGUCUGUCCACACUGGUCCGUUUGUGUGCGUGCGUGUGUGUGUGUGGUGUGUGUGUGCGUGUGUGCGUGCGUGUGUGUGUGUGUGCGUGUGUGUGUGUGUGUGUGCGUGUGUGUGUGUGUGUGCGUGUGUGUGUGUGCGUGUGUGUGCGUGUGUGCGUGUGUGUGUGUGUGUGGUGUGUGUAUGUGUGUGUGUGUGUGUGUGUGUGUGUGUGUGUGUGUGUGUGUACUUCCAAGAAGAAGCGUGUCAGUCCAGUCUGAUCUCGUAACAGCAGAACAGAACGUGUCUACAUAGUAGAGGAUUAGGCGAAAUCUCUUUAUUUUCAAAUCCACUCAAUGGGAAUGAAUGAAUGGUCAAUGGGGUUUGUUUUACCAUUCACUUUGAUAACAAGUUCAUAUAGAGUAACAAGCUCUGGUUUGGUCAAACACAAUCUGAUUAUCUUUAUAGCCUUGCUACAUGUGAGUUUUCAUGAUAUGAUCAAUAAGAUUCAGUCACUAUCUGAUCAAGGUUUGUCGCGUCUACACAUUGUAUUAAAAUGUCUCUUAUCCUUCCUCUGUGUCCAUAUUGUGACCAGAUUAGCUGUGCCUCCCUGUGUGCAAAUUAUUUGACAGACAUUCUUUCAAAAUAAGAUUUAUUUUAGGACGAGUCAAUGGCGCUACCUGUCAAUGAUUUUAGAAGCCAAUGAUGAUGGAAAUGGUUAGACCAUCCCAGAUCUGUUUACACAAUGCGUGCCUGACUACCUCCGGAGGUGGGCAGGGAGAUCAGAUCACAAUGUGUAUUUUAAUCGUCUACACCUGUCUAAAAAUGUGGGCACAAUCAGAAUGUGUCUUACUACAUAAUAAUGUGAUGUGAGUACCACAUGACGGUACCCAUGACACAUCUACUUGUAUGCAGAAGAGUUGGGGUAAAUUUUAAUUCCAGUUAAAUUCAGAAUUGAAAGGCAUUGAAGAGAAUUGGAAUUUCAGUGCAUUUAUUAAAUUGACUGCCGUUGAAGUGGAAUUGACCCCAACCCUGAUAUGUAGGCUAGAAAUCAAAUGACGGAACAUGUUCUAUGUUGAUACACAUUGGAAACAUUUGGGAAGACCUGCAUUUGAACAAAACAGAAAUCAUGGUAGAGAGAGAGAGAGCUAGCUAGCUAGCGGUGCUUCUGUCCCCAACCAAGGAGGGCCGACAGCAACACAUAGAUCUUCUGCACAGAUUCUGUCAGACCAGGGCCCUGACAGUAAGACAAAAAUAAUGGUGUUCCAAAAAGGUCCAGUUGCCAGAACCACAAAUAUAAAUUCCAUCUAGACACCGUUGCCCUAGAGCACACAAAAAAAACUAUACAUACCUCGGCUUAAACAUCAGUGCCACAGGUAACUUCCACAAGGCAGUGAAUGAUCUGAGAGACAAGGCAAGAAGAGCCUUCUAUGCCAUCAAAAGGAACAUAAAAUGCGACAUACCAAUUAGGAUCUGGCUAAAAAUACUUGAAUCAGUUAUAGAACCCAUUGCCCCUUAUGGUUGUGAGGUCUGGGGUCCGCUCACCAACCAAGAAUUCACAAAAUGGGACAAACACCAAAUUGAGACUGCAUGCAGAAUUCUGCAAAAUUAUCCUCUGUGUACAAUGUAAAACACCAAAUAAUGCAUGCAGAGCAGAAUUAGGCCGAUAUCCGCUAAUUAUCAAAAUCCAGAAAAGAGCUGUUAAAUUCUAAAAUCGCCUAAAAGGAAGUGAUUCCCAAACCUUCCAUAACAAAGCCAUCACCUACAGAGAGAUUAACCUGGAGAAGAGUCCCCUAAGCAAGCUGGUCCCGGGGCUCUGUUCACAAACACAAACAGACCCCACAGAGCCCCAGGACAGCUCACACAAUUAGACCCAACCAAAUCAUGAGAAAACAAAAUGAUAAUAACUUGACACAUUGGAAAGAAUUAACAAAAAAAACGGAGCAAACCAGACUGCUAUUUGGACUUACACAGAGAGUACACAGUGGCAGAAUACCUGACCACUGGUGACUGACCCAAAAUGAAGGAAAGCUUAUGACAUCCAGCUGUAUUUAUGACAUCCACUAGGGCUGUAUUUAUGACAUCCACUAGGGCUGUAUUUAGUAGAGCUGGGAAUUGCCAGGGAUCUGUGGUCCUCUGUAGCUCAAUUGGUAGAGCAUGGCUUUUGUAACGACAGGGUAGUGGGUUCGAUCCCCGGGACCACCCAUACGUAAAAAUGUAUGCACACAUGACUGGAAGUCGCUUUGGAUAAAAGCGUCUGCUAAAUGACAUAUUAUUAUUAUUAUUAUCUCACGAUAUGAAAUUGGCACCAUACUUAGGUGCCGAUACGAUAUGUAUUGUGAUUCUCAUGAUUCUACAUUUACAUUUUACAUUUACGUCAUUUAGCAGACGCUGUUAUCCAGAGCGACUCACAAAUUGGUGCAUUCACCUUAUAGCCAGUGGGAUAACUACUUUACAAUUAUAAAAAAAUAAAAAAUAAUUAUAUGUUUUAAAUUUGUAUUUUUUUGGGGGGGGGUAGAAGGAUUACUUUAUCCUAUCCCAGGUGUUCCUUAAAGAGGUGGGGUUUCAAAUGUCUCCGGAAGGUGGUGAGUGACUCCGCUGUCCUGGCGUCGUGAGGGAGCUUGUUCCACCAUUGGGGUGCCAGAGCAGCGAACAGUUUUGACUGGGCUGAGCGGGAACUGUGCUUCAGCAGAGGUAGGGGAGCCAGCAGGCCAGAGGUGGAUGAACGCAAUGCCCUCGUUUGGGUGUAGGGACUGAUCAGAGCCUGAAGGUACGGAGGUGCCGUUCCCCUCACAGCUCCGUAGGCAAGCACCAUGGUCUUGUAGCAGAUGCGAGCUUCAACUGGAAGCAGUGUAGUGUGCGAGGAGGUACCUUUCCCCCAACCCCCAACAUUUUCCCACCCCCCCCUGGCCGUCGUUGCCCUCAUUGACCCCUAGUUAAAACUAUCCUUAAUCUUCUAAUGUCCAACACCAACUUUUGUAUGCCUUUUCGGGCUGGUGUCUUUCUGUCUGUCCACAUGGCCCGUUUUGUGUGCGUGGGGUGGUGGGUUUGUGGGUGUGGGGUGUGUGCGUGGUGUGGGGUGUGUGCGUGUGUGUGUGUGUGUGUGCGUGUGUGUGUGGUUGUGUGCGUGGUGCGUUUUGCGUUUUGGGGUUUGGGUUUGUGGUGUUUUGUGUGUGUGUAUGUGCGUGUUGUGUGGGUGUGUGUGGUGUGUGUGUGUGGGGUGUGUACUUCCAAGAAGAAGCGUGUCAGUCCAGUCUGAUCUCGUAACAGCAGAACAGAACGUGUCACAUAGUAGAGGAUUAGGCGAAACCCUUUAUUUUCAAAUCACUCAAUGGGAAUGAAUGAAUGGUAAAAUGGGGUUUGUUUACCAUUCACUUUGAUAACAAGUUUCAUAUAGAGUAACAAGCUCUGGUUUGGUCAAACACAAUCUGAUUAUCUUUAUAGCCUUGCUACAUUUUGAGUUUUCAUGAUAUGAUCAAUAAGAUUCAGUCACUAUCUGAUCAAGGUUUGUCGCGUCUACACAUUGUAUUAAAAUGUCUUUAUCCUUCCUCUGUGCCCCAUUUUGUGACCAGAUUAGCUUUUGCUCCCUGUGUUGCAAAUUAUUUGACAGACAUUCUUUCAAAAUAAGAUUUAUUUUAGGACGAGUCAAUGGCGCUACCUGUCAAUGAUUUAAGCCAAUGAUGAUGGAAAUGGUUAGCCAUCCCAGAUUGUUUACACAAGCGUUCCCUGACAAACCUCGGAGGUGGGCGGGAGAUCAGAUCACAAUGUGUAUUUUAAUCGUCUACAACCUGUCUAAAAUGUGGCACAAUCAGAAUGUGUCUUACUACAUAAUAAUGUGAUGGAGUACCACAUGACGGUACCCAUGACACCCAUCUACUUGUAUGCAAAAGGGUUGGGGUAAAUUUUAAUUCCAGUUAAAUUCAGAAUUGAAGGCAUUGAAGAGAAUUGGAAUUUCAGUGCUUUUAUUAAAUUGACUGCCGUUGAAGUGGAAUUGACCCCAACCCUGAUAUGUAGGCUAGAAAUCAAAUGACGGAACAUUUCUAUGUUGAUACACAUUGGAAAAUUGGGAAGACCUGCAUUUGAAAAAAACCAGAAAUCAGGGUAGAGGGGAGAGAGAGCUAGCUAGUAGCGGGUUUCUGUCCCCAACCAAGGAGGGCCGACAGCAACACAUAGAUCUUCUGCACAGAUUCUGUCAGACCAGGGCCCUGACAGUAAGACAAAAAUAAUGGUGUUCCAAAAGGUCCAGUUGCCAAAAACCCACAAAUAAAAAUUCCAUCUAGACACCGUUGCCCUAGAGCACACAAAAAAAACUAUACAUCCCUCGGCUUAAACAUCAGUGCCACAGGUAACUUCAACAAGGCAGUGAAUGUCUGAGAGACAAGGAAAAGAAGAGCCUUCUAUGCCAUCAAAAGGAACAUUAAAAUGCGACAUACCAAUUAGGAUCGGCUAAAAAUACUUGAAUAGUUAUAAAAAACCCAUGCCCCUUAUGGUUGUGAGGUCUGGGGUCCGCUCCCCAACCAAGAAUUCACAAAAUGGGACAAACACCAAAUUGGGGAUCUGCAGAAAAUUCUGCAAAAUUAUCCUCUGUGUACAAUGUAAAACACCAAAUAAGCAUGCAGAGCAGAAUUAGGCCGAUAUCCGCUAAUUAUCAAAAUCCAGAAAAGAGCUGUUAAAUUCAAAAACGCCUAAAAGGAAGUGUUUCCCCAAAACCCUUCCAUAACAACCCAUCACCUACAGAGAGUUUAAAACCUGGAGAAGAGUCCCCUAAGCAAGCUGGUCCCGGGGUUCUGUUCAAAAAACACAAACAGACCCCACAGACCCCCAGGACAGCUCCACACAAUUAGCCCCAACCAAAUCAUGAGAAAACAAAAUGAUAAACUUGACACAUUGGAAAGAAUUAACAAAAAAAAACGGGGGCAAACCAGACUGCUAUUUGGACUUACACAGAGAGUACACAGUGGCAGAAUCUGACCAAUGGUGACUGACCCAAAAUGAAGGAAAGCUUAUGACAUCCAGCUGUAUUUAUGACAUCCACUAGGGGUGUAUUAUGACAUCCACUAGGGCUGUAUUUAGUAGAGCUGGGAAUUGCCAGGGAUCUGUGGCCUCUGUAGCUCAAUUGGUAGAGCAUGGCUUUUGUAACGACAGGGUAGUGGGUUCGAUCCCGGGACCACCCAUACGUAAAAAUGUAUGCACACAUGACUGGAAGUCGCUUUGGAUAAAAGCGUCUGCUAAAUGACAUAUUAGUAUUAUUAUUAUUAUCUCACGAUAUGAAAUUGGCACCAUACUUUGGUGCCGAUACGAUAUGUAUUGUGAUUCUCAUGAUUCUACAUUUACAUUUUACAUUUACGUCAUUUAGCAGACGUGUAUCCAGAGCGACUCACAAAUUGGGUGCAUUCACCUUAUAGCCAGUGGGAUAACUACUUUACAAUUAUAAAAAAAUAAAAAAUUAUAUGUUUUAAAUUUGUAUUUUUUGGGGGGGGGUAGAAGGAUUAACUUUAUCCUAUCCCAGGUGUUCCUUAAAAAGGUGGGGUUUCAAAAAGUCUCCGGAAGGUGGUGAGUGACUCCGCUGUCCUGGCGUCGUGAGGGAGCUUGUUCCAAACCCUUGGGGGCCAGAGCAGCGAACAGUUUUGGGCUGGGCUGAGCGGGAACUGUGCUUCAGCAGAGGUAGGGGAGCCAGCAGGCCAGAGGUGGAUGAACGCAAAUGCCCUCGUUUGGGGUGUAGGGGUGAUCAGAGCCUGAAGGGACGGAGGUGCCGUUCCCCACAGCUCCGUAGGCAAGCACCAUGGUCUUGUAGCAGAUGCGACUUCAACUGGAAGCCAGUGUAGUGUGCGGAGGAGCGGAGGGUGACGUGAGAGAACUUGGGAAGGUUGAACACCAGACGGGCUGCGUCAUUUUGGAUGAGUUGUAGGGGUUUUUUAAAGGCACAGGCAGGGACCCAGCAACAGCGGUUGCAGUAAUCCAGAUGGGAGAUGACAAGUGCCUGGAUUAGGACCUGUGCCCCUUCCUGUGUAAGGCAGGGUUGUACUCUCCGAAUGUUGUAGAGCAUGAACCUACAGGAUCGGGUCACCGCCUUGAGUUAGCGGGAGAACGACAGGGUGUUGUCCAGGGUCACGCCAAGGCUCUUCGCACUCUGGGGAGGAGGACACAACGGAGUUGUCAACCGUGAUGGCGAAGAUCAUGGAACUGGCAGUCCCCUUCCCGGGAGGAAGAGCAGCUCCGUCUUUCCAAGUUCAGCUUGAAAGGGGGUGAUCCGUCAUCCAUAAUGAUUGUUGCCAGACAUGCAAAAGAUGCGAUUCACCACCUGGUUAUCAGAAGGGGGAAAAGGAGAAGAAAUUUUUGUGUGUGUCGUUGCCCUAGCAAUGAUAGGAGAGGCCAUGUGAGGAUAUGACAGAGCCCAAAUGACUUGGUGUAUAGCGAGGGAAAAGGAGAGGGCCUAGAAAAUGACCCUGGGGGACACCAGUGGUGAGAGCACGUGGUGCGGGGAACGCUUUCUCGCCACGCCACUUGGCAGGAGCGACCGGUCAUUGUAGGACGCAAAUCCAAGAUGAGCCGCACCGGAGAUGCCCAGCUCGGAGAGGGGGGAGAGGAGGAUCUGAUGGUUAACAGUAUCAAAUGCAGCAGACAGGUCUAGAAGGACAAGAGCAGAGGGAGAGAGAGUUUUUGCUUAGCAGUGCGGAGAGCCUCCGUGACACAGAGAAGAGCAGUCCAGUUGAAUGGGCCAGUCUUGAAACCUGACUGGUUUGGAUCAAGAAGGUAAUUCUGAGAGAGAUAGCAAGAGAGUUGGCUAAAGACGCACGCUCAAUAGUUUUGGAGAGAAAAGAAAGAAGGGAACUGGUCUGUAGUUGUUGACACAGAGGGGGCGAGUGUUGGGUUUUUUGAGAAGGGGUGCAACUCUCGCUCUCUUGAAGACGGAAGGGACAUAUCCAGCGGUCAAGGAUGGUUGAUCACGAGGUGAGGUAAGGAGAAAGUCACCGGAGAUGGUCUGGAGAAGAGAGGAGGGGAUAGGGUCAAGCGGGAGGUUGUUGGGGCGGCCGGCCGUCACAAGUCGCAAGAUUUUAUCUGGAGAGAGAGGGGGAGAAAGAAGUCAAAGCAUAGGAUAGGGCAGUGUUUUAGGGCGUGUGUAGGUGUGGUGUAGGAAACAGAUGCAGGGAGCAGACGGUAGGGUUCCAAAGCUGUAUUCCCCACCCAAAAAACAGGCAACAGGGCAAAAAAGCCCAACACUAAACUACGCCAAAGGCGUGUAGGAAAUGCGCACAACAGGUGCGACAAAAAUUGUAGUGCACGAAACAAGUGCAAACGAGCUCCAGCGCAGUGGAGAGAAAUAUGCUCAACCGAGCAAACACAACACUGCGAAAAAAACACCAACACAAGAAACACAACGAGAAACUAUAGAUACUAAUCACGUAAACAGAAACGGGUGAACAAACAGACAAAAAGGGGGGAAAAAUUUUUUUUUUUUUUUCCCCCCCCUCCGGGGGUUUUUUUAAAUUUUUUUUUUAAAAAUUUUUUUUAAAAAUUUUUAAUUAAAACCCCCCAAAGGGGGGCCCCCUUCCCCGGGAAAAAUUUAAAAUAAAAAUAAAAAAUUUUUAAAAUUUUUUGGUUUUUUUUGGGGGGGAAAAAAAAAACCCCCCAAACCCCCAAAAAAGGGGGUUUUUUUUUUGGGGGGGUUUUUUGGGGGGGCCCCCCCAGGAAACCCCAAGGGGGGAAAGGGGGGGGGCCCCUUUUCCCCGAAAAAAAACCCCAAGGGGGGGUUUUUAAAAGUUUUUUGGGGGAACCAAAAAAAAAAGGGGAACCCCCCCCCGGGGGGGGGGAAAAAAAACCUUUUUUUUUUUUCCCGGGCCCCCCAAAAAAGGGGGGGGAAAGGGGGGGGGGGAAAAAAAAAAAAGGGGGGGGAAAAAAAGGGGGGGGGGGGGGAAAAGGGGGGGGCCCCCCCGGGGGAAAACCCCGGGAAAAAAAAACCCCCCAAGGGGGCCCCCCCCCGGGGGGGGGGGGCCCCCCCCCAAAAUCCCCCGGCCCGGGCCCCCUUAAGGGGGAAAAACCGGGGGGGGUUUGGGGGGGCCCCCCAACCCCAAAAACCCCGGGGGAAAAAAAGGGGCCCCCCCGGGGGCAAAAAAGGGGGGCCCCCCCCCCAAAAAUUUUUAAAGGUUUGGGUUUAAGGGGGGGGGGCCCCCCCUUUUGGGGGGAAAAAAAAUUUUUUCCCCCCGGGGGGGAAAAAAAAGGGGCCCCCCGGGGCCCGGGGGGGAAAAGGGGGGAAAAAAAAAGGGGGGAAAAUUUUUGGGGAAUGGGGGGGUUUUCCCCCCCCGGGGAAAAGGGGCGGGGGUUUUGGGGGCCCCCCCCCUUUUUUGGGGGGGGUUUUUUUGGGGGGGGGGGAAAAAAGGGGGCCCCCCCAAAAAACCCCAAAACCCCCCCGGGGGGGGAAAGGGGGGGGGGGUUUCCCCCCAAAAAAAGGGGGGAAAAGGGGGGGGGAAAAGGGGUUUGGGGGGGGGGGGGAAAAAACCCCUUUUUAAAAAAAAAAAAAACCCCCCCUGGGGUUUGGGGAAAACCCGGGGUUUUGGGGGGGCCCCCGGCCCCCUUUUUUUGGAAAAAAAAAAAAGGGGGGGAAAUUUUGGGGGGGAGGGGAAAAAAGGUUUUUUAAAAAAAAACCCCCCAAAAAGGGGGGGUAAAAAAAAGGGGGGGGGGAAAAAAAAGGGGGGGGGAAAAAAAAAAAAAGGAAAAAGGGGGAAGGGAAGGGGGAAAAGGGCCCCCCCCCAAAAAAAAAAAAAGGAAAAAAAAGGGAAAAAAAAAAUUUUUAAAAAAAAAGGGGGAAAAAAGGGGGCCCCAAAAGGGGGAAAAAAUUUUUUAAAAAGGGAAAAACCCCCCGGGGGGGCCCCCCGGGGGGGAGGGGGGGGGGAAAAGGGGGGAAAACCCCAAAAAGGGGGAAAAAAAAAGGGGGUUGGAAAAAAAAAUUUUUUUGGGGGGGGGGGGGGGAAAAAAAAGGGGGGCCCCUUUUUAAAAUUUUGGGGGCCCCCUUUUGGGGGGGGAAAGGGGCCCCGGGGGGGAAAGGAAAAAAGGGGGGGGGGGAAAAAAAGGAAAAGUUUUGGGGGGGGGUUUUUUUUUUUCCCCCGGGGAAAACCCUUUUUGGGGGGGAAAAAAAGGGGGCCCCGGGGGGGGGGGCGGGGGGGGGGGGGGAAAAAAAAAAGGGGGGUUUUUUUUUUGGGGGGUUUUUUGGGGGGGGGACCCCCCAAAAGGGGGGGGGGGGGUUUUGGGGGGGGGGGGGGGUUCCCCAAAACAAAAAAAAUUUUUUGGGGGGGAAUUGGUUUUUUUUUAAAAAAAAUUUUAAAAAAAAAAAAAAAAAAAAAAUGGGGGGGGGGAAAAAUUUUUGGGGGGAAAAAUUUGGGAAUUUUUUUGGGGGGAAAAAUUUUUUGGGGGGGGGUUGGGGAAAAAUUUUUUGGGGGGGGGCCCCUAACCCCAAACCCCCCCCCCCCAAAAAAAAUUUUAAACCCCCCCCCCCAAAAAGGCCCCCAAAAAAAAAGGGGGGGGCCCCUUUGGUUGGGGGGGUUUUUAAAAAAAAAUUUUUUUUUUGGGGUUUUUUUUUUGGGGGGGUUUUUUUUUUUUUUUUUUGGGGGGAAAAAAAAAAAAAGGGGGGGGGGGGGAAAAUUUUUUUGGGGGGAAAAAAAAAAAAAAAUUUUUUUUUUAAAAAAAAAGGGGAAAAAACAAAUUGGCUCCCUAAUUUAAAAAAAAAAACAAAAAGGAGGGAAAUACCAUGAAAAAGGGAAAAAAUGGGGUUUUUUUUGGGGCAAAAAAAAAAUAUUGCAUAUUGUCAAAAAAUUUCGAAAACCCAUUUUAUCCCUCAAAAAAAAAUCCCCCAUAUGCAACGUUAAUUUUUCCCCCCCCCCUCGCUAAUGUCCAAAACCCCAAAACCCAAAAGUCACAUGCAUGCUUUGGCCAGAUACCUUUAUUUUUAACAAAUUUUGUAAAAGGGCUAAAAGUCCAAAGUGACCAAAAUUAAUUCAAAAUGUGAAAAGGGGUUUUUUGGGGGAAUAUGGGAAAAUAAGGGAGUGGUACCCCUCACAAACCCCUUUGGGUGACUAAGGGGUUUUUGGAAAGUAAAUUUCAUGGGUUUUGGGAAAAAAUGUUUCUAUACCGUGCCUUGAAAAGUAUUCAGACCCCUUGUCUUUUUCCCCAUUUUUUUUAUGUUCCAAACCUUAUUCUAAAAAGGAUUUAAAGGAAAAAAAAAAAAUAAACCCCCAGCAACUAACACAAUAAACCCAUAAUGGGCAAAGCGAAAACAAAGGUUUUUUGACCUUUUGGGAAGUGUAUUUUAAAUUAAAAAAAGAAAAAAAAAAGUAUUUUUCAAUAUUCGACCCCUUUUUAAAGAACUUGAAUUUAUCAGGGGGCUCCUGUUUCCAUUGAUUUAAAUUUUUCAGUGUUUUUUAAAAACUUGAUUAAAAGGGCCCCCUGGGGUAAAAAUUAAAAGAUUGGACAUGAUUUUGGGAAAAACACCACCCGUCUUGUAAGGGGCCCACAGUUGAAAAGUGCAAAGUGAGCCAAAAAAACCAAAAUUUUUAAAGGGGAAGCAAUUGUCCGUAAAAGUUUUCCCAACAAGAUUGGGGUCGAGGGGAAAGAUCUGGGGAAAGGUACCCAAAAAAUUUCUGCGUUGAAAAAACCCAAAAACACCGUGGCCUCCUCAUUCUUAAAAAGAAAAGUGUGGAACCACCAAAACUCUUUUUAGAGUGGGCCCCCCAGCCAAAAAUGACAACGGGGGAGAAGGGCCCUUUGGAAGGGAGGGGGGACCAAGAACCCGAUGGUACCUUUACAGAGCUCUAGAGUUCCUCUGUGGAAGGGGGGAGAACCUUCCAGAAAGGGAAAAACCCUCUCUGCACACUCCACCCAAACAAAGGGUUUAUGGGUUUGAGUGGCCAGACGGAAAAACCCUCCCGCAGUAAAAGGAAAUAAGCCCCCCUUGGAGUUUGCCAAAAAAGGGACUUUUAAAAACUUUUCAGACCAUUUAGAAACAAGAUGCUGGUUGAUGAAACCCUUUGGCCUGAAUGCCAAAAAAGUCCCGUCUGGGGAAACCUGACCCAUUUUCCCAAAUGGGGUGGGUUUAAGGGACGCAAACUCAGUGCCAGGGGUCCCCUCAGACCCCCCGGGGUUUGAUUCCCAAACUGUAUCACAACCGGCCGUUUAUUGGGAUCCCAUAGGGGGGCGCGCAAUUGGCCACCCUCGGGGGGCCGGGUUUUUUUUUGGGGGUGGGCCCUCAUUGGGAAUAAGAAUUUUUUUUUAACUGCUUUCCUAGUUAAAUUUAAAAGGUUUUUUUUAAAAAAGGUGGUGACAAUUUAUUUGCUGUGGGGAGGUUUUUUUUAGGGACAUUUGGGCUGGGAGACCCAUCAGGAUUGAGGCAUCUUGAGGGAAAAUGAAAUGGACCUGGGAAGAGAGGGCCCUUGAUUUAAAACCCCCCCGUUAGGUGGGUCGUUUGUUUCGGGGUGUGUCGUGGGCGUGUGUAGGUUGGUAGGAAAUAAAGAUGCAGGACGCAGACGGUAGGUUCCAAAAGCUGUAUUCCGACCCAAACACAGGCAACAGGGCAACAAAGCCCAACAGCUAAACUACGCCAAAGGCGUGUAGGCAAAAUGCGCACAAACAGGUGCGACAAAAAUAUGUAGUGCACGAAACAAGUGCAAACGAGCUCCAGCGCAGUGGAGAGAAAUAUGCUCAACCGAGCAAACACAACACUGACGAAAACAAUCACACACAACACAAGACAAACACAACGAGAAACUUAUAGGAUACUAAUCACGUAAAACAGAAACAGGUGUGACACAAACAGACAAAAGCAAACGAACAUGAAAACAUAAAUCGGUGGCAGCUAGAAUUCCGGAGACGACGAACGCCGAAGCCUGCCCGAACAAGGGAGAGAGGCAGCCUCGGCCGAAACCGUGACACAGUGUGAGCAGGACCAGCAGUGUCAUUUGACUUAACAAACGAGGAUUGGAUGUCGUCAACCUUCUUUUCAAAAUGGUUGACGAAGUCAUCCACAGAGAGGGAGGAGGGAGGGGGAGGAGGAUUCAGCAGGGAGGAGAAGGUGGCAAAGAGCUUCCUAGGGUUAGAGGCAGAUGCUUGGAAUUUAGAGUGGUAGAAAGUGGCCUUAGCAGCAGAAACAGAUGAAGAAAAUGUAGAGAGGAGGGAGUGAAAAGAUGCCAGGUCCGCAGGGAGUCUAGUUUUCCUCCAUUUCCGCUCGGCUGCCCGGAGCCCUGUUCUGUGAGCUCGCAAUGAGUCAUCAAGCCACGGAGCUGGAGGGGAGGACCGAGCCGGCCGGGAGGAUAGGGGAGAUUAUUGCGAUUGGAGACUGUGAUUUUAUUGUGAUUUGAUGUUCCAAACAUAUUGCUCAACAUACAGUGCCUUCAGAAAGUAUUCACACCCCUUUACUUUUUCCACAUUUUGUUGUACAGCUUGAAUGUGUGUUACUGGCCUUCACACAAUACCCCAUAAUGUCAAAGUGGAAUUAUGUUUUUAUAAUUUUUUACAAAUUAAUAAAAAAUUAAAAGAUGAAAUGUCUUGAGUAGAUAAGUAUUCAACCCCUUUGUUAUGGCAAGCCUAAAUAAGUUUAGGAGUAAACAUUUUGCUUAACAAGUCACGUAAUAAGUUGCAUGGACUCUGUGUGCAAUAAUAGUGUUUACAAUUUUUUUAUGACUACCUCAUCUCUGUACCCCACACAUACAAUUAUCUGUAAGGUCCCUCAGUCGAGCAGUGAAUUUCAAACACAGAUUCAACCACAAAGACCAGGGAGGUUUUCCAAUGCCUCGUAAAAGAAGGGCACCUAUUGGUAGAUGGGUUUAAAAAAAUUCACUUUGUCAUUAUGGGGUAUUGUCUUUUAGAUGGGUGAGACAUUUUUUAAUUUAAUCCAUUUUCAGUUCAGGCUGUAACACAACAAAAUCUAGAAUAAGUCAAGGGGUAUGAAUACUUUCUGAAGGCACUGACAAUCGAGAGCAUGACAAAAUUAGUUUUUGGAAAUAAAAGUGAUGAAAACAAAUUGGCUCCCUAAUUUAAAAACAAAACAAAAUGGAGAACUAGCUAUGAAGGAAACAUACUGGAGUUUUGGUGCAAAAAUAAUAUUGCGAUAUUGUCAAAACGAUACGAUACGAUAUAUCGUCAAAAAUAAUAUCCCGAUAUGCAACUGUAUACAUUUUUCCCCCCCCAUCGCUAAUGUCCAACCCAGAACCAAAUGUCACAUGCAUGCUGUGGCCAGAUACUCUUAUUUAUUUAACAGUCUGUCAUGAGGGACUAUGUCCAAAGUGACCAAGAUUAAUUCAAAAUGUGAACGGUUUGGAGUGAAUAUGGAACAUAAGCAGUGGUACUCUCACACCUCUGGAUGACUAGCUGUGAAGUAUGUCAUGUUUAGGAACAUGUUUCUAUACAGUGCCUUCGAAAAGUAUUCAGACCACUUGUCUUUUUCCACAUUUUGUUAUGUUACAGCCUUAUUCUAAAAUGGAUUAAAGAAAAAAUAAAUAAUCCUCAGCAAUCUACACACAAUACCCCAUAAUGACAAAGCGAAAACAGGUUUUUAGACUCUUUUGCAAGUGUAUUAUAAAUUAAAACAGAAAAAAAACGUAUUUACAUAAGUAUUCAGACCCUUUGCUAUGAGACUUGAAAUUCAGCUCAGGUGCAUCCUGUUUCCAUUGAUUUAUUCUUCAGAUGUUUCUACAACUUGAUUAGAGUCCACCUGUGGUAAAUUCAAUUGAUUGGACAUGAUUUGGAAAGACACACACCUGUCUAUGUAAGGUCCCACAGUUGACAGUGCAUGUCAGAGCAAAAACCAAGCUAUGAGGUCGAAGCAAUUGUCCGUAGAGUUCCGAGACAAGAUUGUGUCGAGGCACAGAUCUGGGGAAGGGUACCAAAACAUUUCUGCAGCAUUGAAGAUCCCCAAGAACACAGUGGCCUCCAUCAUUCUUAAAUAGAAGAAGUGUGGAACCACCAAGACUCUUCCUAGAGCUGGCCGCCCAGCCAAACUGAGCAAUCGGGGGAGAAGGGCCUUGGUAAGGGAGGUGACCAAGAACCCGAUGGUCACUCUGACAGAGCUCUAGAGUUCCUCUGUGGAGAUGGGAGAACCUUCCAGAAGGACAACCAUCUCUGCAGCACUCCACCAAUCAGGCCUUUAUGUUAGAGUGGCCAGACGGAAGCCACUCAGCAGUAAAAGGCACAUGACAGCCCACUUGGAGUUUGCCAAAAGGCACCUAAAGACUCUCAGACCAUGAGAAACAAGAUCUCUGGUCUGAUGAAACUCUUCGGCCUGAAUGCCAAGCGUCACGUCUGGAGGAAACCUGACACCAUCCCGAGUGGCGUAGCGGUCUAAGGCACUGCAUCUCAGUGCUCGAGGCGUCACUACAGACCCCCUGGUUCGAUUCCAAGCUGUAUCACAACCGGCCGUGAUUGGGAGUCCCAUAGGGCGGCGCGCAAUUGGCCCAGCGUCGUCCGGGUUUGGCCGGUGUAGGCCGUCAUUGUAAAUAAGAAUUUGUUCUUAACUGACUUGCCUAGUUAAAUAAAGGUUUUUUUAAAAAUGGUGGUGACAGCAUCAUGCUGUGGGGAUGUUUUUCAGCAGCAUGGACUGGGAGACUAGUCAGGAUUGAGGCAUCUUGAGGCAAAGAUGAGUGGACCAUGUACAGAGAGACCCUUGAUGAAAACCUGCUCCAGAGUGCUCAGGACCUCAGACUGGGGGUGAAGGUUCACCUUCCAACAGGACAACAACCCUAAGCACACAGGCAAGACAAUGCAGGAGUGGUUUCGGGACAAGUCUCUGAAUGUCCUUGAGUGGCCCAGCCAGAGCAUGGACUUGAACCCAAUCCAACAUCUCUGGAGAGACCUGAAAAUAGCUGUGUAGCGACGCUCCCCAUCCAACCUGACAGAGCUUGAGAGGAUCUGCAGAGAAGAACGGGAGAAACUCCCCAAAUACAGGUGUGCCAAGCUUGUAGUGUCAUACCCAAGAAGACUCGAUGCUGUAAUCGCUGCCAAAGGUGCUUCAACAAAGUACUGAGUAAAGGGUCUGAAUACUUAUGUAAAUGUGGUAUUUCAGUUAAAACAUUUAAAAAAUUUAGCAAAAAUGUCCAAAAAACUGUUUUUUUUAUGGGGUAUUGUGUGUAGAUUGAUGAGGGGGGGGGGGGGGGGGAAACAAUUGAAACAAUUUUAGAAUAAGGCUGUAACGUAACAAAAUGUGGAAAAAGUCAAGGGGUAUGAAUACUUUCCGACGGCAUUGUAUGUACUGUAGGUAUGACAAUGAUCUAGGGCUCGGCUACCCAACCCUGUUCCUGGAGAGAUACUGUCCUGUAGGUUUUAACGCCAACCCUGUUCCUGGAGAGAUACUGUCCUGUAGGUUUUAACGCCAACCCUGUUCCUGGAGAGAUACUGUCCUGUAGGUUUUAACGCCAACCCUGUUCCUGGAGAGAUACUGUCCUGUAGGUUUUAACGCCAACCCUGUUCCUGGAGAGAUACUGUCCUGUAGGUUUUAACGCCAACCCUGCUCCUGGAGAGAUACUGUCCUGUAGGUUUUAACGCCAACCCUGUUCCUGGAGAGAUACUGUCCUGUAGGUUUUAACUCCCAACUCUGUUCCUGGAGAGAUACUGUCCUGUAGGUUUUAACGCCAACCCUGCUCCUGGAGAGAUACUGUCCUGUAGGUUUUAACGCCAACCCUGUUCCUGGAGAGAUACUGUCCUGUAGGUUUUAACGCCAACCCUGUUCCUGGAGAGAUACUGUCCUGUAGGUUUUAACUCCCAACUCUGUUCCUGGAGAGAUACUGUCCUGUAGGUUUUAACUCCAACCCUGUUCCCAGAGAGCUACCGUCCUGUAGGUUUUAACUCAAACCCUCAUCUAGCGCACCUGAUUCUAAUAAUUAGCUGAUUGAUCAGCUGAAUCAGGUUAGUUACAACUGGGGUUGGAUGGAAAACCUACAGUAGGGAAGCUCUCCAGGAACAGGGUUGGGAGAGUGCUGAUCCAGGGUUCACAGUCCAGUUGAAAUGUAAGGUUGACCUGUAACCAUAGAACUCCAUAUAUCUGAUCCCCAUUAAACACUGUAUCAGGUCUACAUAAAAAUCCAUAGUUGGGAAUUCUAUGUCACAUACUGUAUCUCUGACCCACCACAGGCUCACUGACUGUAUCUCUGACCCACCACAGGCUCACUGACUAUCUCUGACCCACCACAGGCUCACUGACUAUCUCUGACCCACCACAGGCUCACUGACUAUCUCUGACCCACCACAGGCUCACUGACUAUCUCUGACCCACCACAGGCUCACUGACUAUCUCUGACCCACCACAGGCUCACUGACUGUAUCUCUGACCCACCACAGGCUCACUGACUAUCUCUGACCCACCACAGGCUCACUGACUAUCUCUGACCCACCACAGGCUCACUGACUAUCUCUGACCCACCACAGGCUCACUGACUAUCUCUGACCCACCACAGGCUCACUGACUAUCUCUGACCCACCACAGGCUCACUGAAAAAAAGUUUCCACCAUUAAUGUCAACUGAAGAGUAACUCAUGCCUCAAGCUUCUUUUUAUUUCUUUCUUUCUUUCUUUCUUUCUUUCUUUCUUCAGAUCCAGUUUGCUAACGCAGAGGAUAAACAGGAGUUUCAGAAGUACCCCACUAAGGCCGGCCGGCGCUCCCUCUCUCGCUCCAUCUCCCAGUCCUCCACAGAUAGCUACAGCUCAGGUAGAUACCUCACACACUAGGGUUGGGCGAUAUCCCGAUUUUCAUACCGUUUCUGUACCACACCGGGGUAUACAGUAUUACCGAAUGUGCACUAUUUAAAAAUACGCACAGAAAACAAUUUAGGCAAGAGGGGAUGUUUCUGCUGUGUCUUGACAUCUAGCCACCUAGCUAGCAAGUUAGCAAACCAAAUGCAUAGCUGGAGCACAGAGAUGGAUGUAAUUUAUUUGACACAUCUUAGAUUUCUUAUAGUUUAUACUUAACUUAUAGUUUAUGAGCAGUGGCGUAGCACGGUAUUGAAAAUCAUACCGUCAGUAUUUUCGAAAUACAUUACAUGUACGUCAUUUAGCAGACGCUCUUAUCCAGAGCGACUUACAAAUUGGUGCAUUCACCUUAUGAUAGCCAGUGGGACAACCACUUUACAGUUAUUUUUUUAUUUAUUUUUUUGAGUAUAUUUGUAAUUUUCAUUUGUUUUAUAUAUUAUAUAUUUUUUUGUGUGUGUGGGGGGGGGGGGGGGGGGUAGAAGGAUUACUUUUAUACUAAUAAAAACGAAAUACCCCCGGUAUAUGGUAUAAACGGUAUAUCAGCCAAACCUAACACACACACGACUACAGCACUAGGUGCUGGUGAUUACCAAGGUAGCAAAAUUCCUCAAUUAUGGAUCAUCCAUCUAUUAUUAACUGAGAAUCCUUCUAUUGUUCAACUGAUAUAAAAGACCAUGUUAAGUUGCUAACUACACAGUCUUCUAUUGACUGGUAUACCAGAAAUCAACACAGACACACUUUUGAGGAAGAUCUACCGAACUCAGUUAAUUUUUAAUGAUUGUCUCAUUCUAUCUCACGUCGUAGCUCUGACCAUAGAGAUACAAUAUAGGUGUGAUUUUAACGAACAAAGACUUCAUUAUGUGUCUCUUGACUCUUUGUCCCCAACACAAUGUCCAGCUGCGUCCUACUCCGACAGCUCAGACGAUGACACCCCUCCUCGGGACAAAGCCCAGACCAACUCCAAGGGCAGCAGCGACUUCUGCGUUAAGAACGUCAAACAGGCGGAGUUCGGCAGACGGGAGAUCGAGAUAGCAGCGCAAGGUGCAGAAUCGCCAUUCUUGCAUUCACUUUCCGGCAUCGUUCUGAUAGCAACUAUCAUAGAUGUGCAACCAGGCCGGCCCAGUACAGCUUGCAUUGACUGGGCUCAGUAUUGUGAAAAGGGUGUAGUGUCAGUGCUGAUGUAGGAUCAGUAGAAUACAACCCAUAUUUAUGUUGAUUUAUUUUCCCAUUUGUACUUUAACUAUUUGCACAUUGUUACAACACUGUAUAUAGACAUAAUAUGACAUUUGAAAUGUCUUUAUUCUUUUGGAACUUCUGAGUGUAAUGUUUACUGUUAACAUUUAUUGUUUGUUUCACUUUUAUUUAUUAUCGACUUCACUUGCUUUGGCAAUGUUAACACACGUUUCCCAUGCCAAUAAAGCCCUGAAAUUGAAAUUGAAUUGAAAAUUGAAUUGAGUGCUUGGUGCUCCUUGGACCUGCCGUGUGCCUCGUCAAGGACUGCCUGGAUCAGUAAUAAUAAGGUAGCGGUCAUAGAGAGAGCUCAGACUCAUAUCACAUGGUAUCCAUUCUGCUGUGCUGAGUUAACGAUUCAUAUUUAAGUCAUAAAGCAGGUCAUGACCUCACUGGAGCUGAGUCAGACAGACAGACAGACAGACAGACAGACAGACAGACAGACAGACUGGUAUCCAGGGAAACAGGAGCAGGCCUGAAGCCUCUCUCUCUCUGUCUCUGUCUGUCUGUCUGUCUCUCUCUCUGUGUCUGUCUCUCUCUCUCUGUGUCUGUCUCUCUGUCUGUCUGUCUGUCUGUCUCUGUCUCUCUCUCUGUCUCUCUCUCUCUGUGUCUCUCUCUCUCUCUAUCGCUCUCUCUCUCUGUCUCUCUGUCUCUGUCUCUCUCUGUCUCUCUUUGUGUCUCUCUGUGUCUCUCUCGCUCUCUCUCUCUGUAUGUCUGUCUCCCUCUCUCUGUCUCUCUCUGUGUCUCUCUCGCUCUCUCUCUCUGUAUGUCUGUCUCCCUCUCUCUCUCUCUCUCUCUCUCUCUCUCUCUCUCUCUCUCUCUGUCUGUCUGUCUGUCUGUCUGUCUCUCUGUCUCUGUCACUCUCUCUCUGUCUCUCUCUCUCUCGUCUAUCUCUCUCUAUGUCUCUCUCUCUUCUGUCUCUCUCACUCGUCUUCGUCCUCUCUCUGUCGGCUGUGCUGGCUGUCUGUCUCCUAUCUCGGUCUCUCUCGCUCUCUCGUAGUCUCUGUCUCUUCUGUUCUGCGUCUCUCUGUUGUCUGUAUGUUGUCUGUCCGUCUCUCUCUCUUUCUAUCUCUCCUCUGUUGUCUGUCUCUCUGUCGUUCUGUCUGUCUGUCUCUCUCUUGUCUGUUGUCUUGUUUCUCGCUCUAUCUCUCUAUGUCUGUGUCUCUCUGUUGUCUCUCUCUCUGUCUCUUGUUUCUCUCUGUAUCUCUCUCUGUAUCUCUCUAUCUCUGUCUCCUCUCGUCUGUCUGUCUGUCUGUCUCUCUCGGGUCUCUGUCUCUUCUCACUCUGUCUGUCUCUGUAUGUCUGUCUGUUAUGUCUGUCUCUGUCUUCUCGCAUAUGUCUCUAUCGCUCUACUUGUCUGUCUCUCUCUCUCUCUCUCUCUCUCUCUCUCUCUCUCUCUCUCUCUCUCUCUCUCUCUUCUAUCUCUCUCUCUCUUCUGUCUCUCUUCUAUGAUCUCUCUCUCUCUUGUCUCUGUCUCUGUCUCUCUCUAUCGCAUAUCUCUGUCUCUCUCUCUGGGUCUCUCUCUCUCACUCUCUGUGUCUCACUCUCUCGCUCUCGGUGUCUCUCUCCUGUCUCUUAUGUCUGUCUCUUCUCUGUCUCUAUCUCCUCUGUCUCUCUAUCUGUCUUUUUAUUCUUCUCUCUCGGCUCAGUAUCUGUCUAUGUAUCUCUCUCUGUCUCUCUCUUUUUUGUAUGUCUGUCUCUUCUGUAUCUCUCUCUCGUCUUUCUAUGUAUCUCUGUAUCUCGCGCUUCUGCUCUCUGUCUCUCUCUCGUCUGUUUCUCUGUCUCAUCUGUCUGUCGCUAUCUAUCUCUCUCUCGCUCUCUACUAGCCCUCUCUGACAUGUCGCUCUCUAGCUGUCGCCUGUAUCUCUCGUCUAUGUGUCUGUCUAUCUCUACUGUGUCUGUCUCUCUCUUUGUGUCUCUACUGUCUCCUCUCCUUGUCUCUAUUGUCUCUCUCUCUAUCUAUGGUCUCUCCUUCUCGGUAUCCUCUAUCGCUCUCUCUUGUCUGGCUCUGUCUCUCUCAUCUCUCUCGUCUCUCUGGCUGUCUCUGUCUAUCGUCGUAUCUCUCUCUAUCGAUUAUCUCUAUCUCCGUGUCUCUCUCUCUGCUCUACUCUCUCUGUGUAUCUCUCUCUCUGUGUCUCUAUAUCUGUCUCUCUGUAUCCCUCUCGGUCUGUCUGUGCUGCCUCUCGUCUGUCUCCUACUAUGUACGUAUCCCUAUCUCCUGUAUCGUGAUCUCUGCUCUGUUUCUCUCACUCUAUCUCUCUGUCUCUCUCUCUGUCCUCUCUCUGUGGUGUCUCUCUCUCGGUGUCUCUCUCUCUCUCUGUCUCCCUGUCUGUCUCUCUCUCACUCUCUCUGUCUCUGUGUGUCUUUCUCUCUCUCUGUUUCUGUCUCUGUCUCGUCUCUCUCUCUCUCUCUCUCUCUCUCUCUCUCUCUCUUCUCUGUUCUCUAUCGCUCUCUCUGUCUCUCUCUCUUUGUCUCUCUCAGUCUCUCUAUCGCUCUCUGUGUGUCUCUCUCUCUCUGUGUCUCUCUCUGUGUGUCUCUCUCUGUCUCCCUCUCUCUCUCUGUCUGUCUCUCUGUCUUUCUGUCUGUCUGUCUCUGGCUCCCUCUCUGUCUGUCUCCCUCCCUCUCUGUCUCUCUCUCUCUCUCUCGCUCUCUCUCUCUCUCUCUCUCUCUCUCUCUCUUCUCUCUCUGUGUCUCUCUGUCUGUCUCUCUCUCUCUCUCUGUUCUGUCUCUGUCUCUGUCUUUCUCUCUCUCUCUCUCUCUCUCUCUCUCUCUCUCUCUCUCUCUCUCUCUCUCUCUCUCUCUUUCUCUCUGCCUCGCCAUUUCUUUCCCUGCCUCUCUCUCUCUCUCUACGGUUGUGCAGAGCUAGGUGAAGAGCCUAGAUCUCAACAGCUGUUCCUGUCAGCUCUUCUCUAACUAACCCUAGAGCUGCAGCCUAGGUCUCAACAGCUGUUCCUGUCAGCUCUUCUCUAACUAACCUGCAGGCAUAUGGAGGUGAUCUUGUGGGUUUUACUGUCCUCAAUGGCCUCUCUUUUUCACUGUUAUGCUACAUCUAUCUUCACAUUCCUGCCUCUCUCGUUCACUGGUGUACUCCCCCAAAUCCUUUCAUUCUGACUCUCACUAUCUCACCUCUCUCUCUCUCUCUCUCUCUCUCUCUCUCUCUUCUUUUCUCUCUCCUCUCCCUCCUCUUUCCCCCCACAGAUAUGUCAGCUUUGAUCUCCCUGAGGAAGAGAGCCCAGGGGGAGAAGCCUCUAGCUGGGGCGAAGAUAGUGGGCUGCACCCACAUCACAGCUCAGACUGCAGUAGGUUAUCUUGCUCUCUCCUCCACCAUACACCAUCUUAGAUCCAUAGACCUACAGUAUAUGAGAAGCCUCUAGCUGGGGCGAAGAUAGUGGGCUGCACCCACAUCACAGCUCAGACUGCAGUAGGUUAUCUUGCUCUCUCCUCCACCAUACACCAUCUUAGAUCCAUAGACCUACAGUAUAUGAGAAGCUCUAGCUGGGGCGAAGAUAGUGGGCUGCACCCACAUCACAGCUCAGACUGCAGGUAGGUUAUCUUGCUCUCUCCUCCACCAUACACCAUCUUAGAUCCAAGCCCUCAGUAAUGAGAACCCUUUAACGGGGCGAAGAUAGUGGCUGCACCCACAUCACAGCUCAGAUGAGUGGGGUUAUCUUGCCCUCCUCCCCCCAGUGUUGCCAAUUAGUGCUUUAGGAGUUUCAGCCCCCUCCGCGACUUGUUUUGGGUUAAAAAAGGGGUUUGCGAAAAAUCCAGUACUUUUCGGGCUCCCUUGGGGGAGGUUUGCCCCCAAGAGUUUCCAUGGUUUAGAUAGCUUUUUGCAUUUUUCCCCUCAACCCCGCCAAAUGAGAGGGGGAGAAAGGUCUGUUCAAAAAGUAAAGGGAACGGUGCACACACAGGCAGAAACUAAAGGGGAGGGGUGGCGGGGGGAGGGGGGGGGAAAAACCCUACGCGGGACUGCAAUGUCCGCAGCGGAAAAAAGGGUGUGUGAAUCGCACGGGGAAAAGGCCCCAAAAAUUUUAGCGGGGAAAAACAAGGGGCCCUAGGGAUCAAGGGGCCAAUAGCGGGUCAAGGAGCCCAAAAGCGGUCUCAUGAAAAAAAAACAACCAUACAAAAUUUAGAUUUAGAGAAUACCCUUCAACAAAAAUUUAGAUUUUAAAAAUACCCCCUUUUAAUACAACAUUUAGAUUUUGGGAAAAACCCCUCUACCAAAAAAUCUUAGAUUUAAGAAACCCCCCUUUCCAUAAACAUUUAAUUUUGAGAAACCCCUCUACCAUACAAAAUCUUGAUUUUGAGAAACCCCUCACCAUACCCCACUUAGAUUUUGAGAAUACUUAAUACAUUUUAGAUUUAGAAACCUUUAACCAGAGGACUUACAACAAUUAGGGAAUCCUUCAAAAAAUUAGAUUUAGAAACCUUACCAAAACUAAAAUUGGUCUUUACCUAAACAGUGGGGUAAACCCUUUACAAAAAUUUUUGAAAGGGAAACUUUUCCUAACAUCUUUUUAAAAGGGGGUUUCAAAAAUUUUGGAAUUUUGAGGGCCCCGCUUCCCCUGAUUUAACUUUUCCACCAUUUGGGGGGGGAGAAACAAACAUUUUGAUGGGGCUUACGGGAGCUUUCUUCCCAGGGGGAAAGGGGGGGGCCACACCAGAGGGGGAACCAAUGCUCUUGGGGGGUUUGGAUGAUCAACUGAAGGUACUCUUCCCCCACCUAAAGGAACCCCUUUUUACACACUUAAUUUGGAAAAAUCCCUCUACCAUACAAAUCUUAGAUUUAGAGAAACCCCUCCAUCAACAUCUUAGAUUUAGGAAUACCCCCUCCAACAACAUUUAGAUUUGAGAAUACCCUCUACCAUACAACACUAGUUUAGAGAAUACCCCCCACCAUACAACAUCUUAGAUUUAGGAAAAACCCCUCUACCAACAACAUCGAUUUGAGAAAACCCCUUACCAUACCCAUCUUGAUUUUGAGAAUACCCCCCCUACCAUACAACAUCUUAGAUUUAGAGAAUACCCCUCUACCAUACAACAUCUUAGAUUUAGAGAAUACCCCUCUACCAUACAACAUAUUAGAUUUAGAGAAUACCCCUCUACCAUACAACAUCUUAGAUUUAGAGAAUACCCCUCUACCAUACAACAUCUUAGAUUUAGAGAAUACCCCUCUACCAUACAACAUCUUAGAUUUAGAGAAUACCCCUCUACCAUACAACAUCUUAGAUUUAGAGAAUACCCCUCUACCAUACAACAUCUUAGAUUUAGAGAAUACCCCUCUACCAUACAACACUUAGAUUAGAGAAUACCCCUCUACCAUACAACAUCUUAGAUUUAGAGGAAUACCCUCUACCAUACAACAUCUAGAGAGAAUACCCUUACAUAACAUUAGAUUAGAGAAUACCCCCUCUACCAUACAACAUCUUAGAUUUAGAGAAUACCCCUCUACCAUACAACAUCUUAGAUUUAGAGAAUACCCCUCUACCAUACAACAUCUUAGAUUUAGAGAAUACCCUUACCAACAACAUCUUGAUUGGAAUACCCCUCUACCAUACAACAUCUUAGAUUUAGAGAAUACCCCUCUACCAUACAACAUCUUAGAUUUAGAGAAUACCCCUCUACCAUACAACAUCUUAGCUCAUACUGUCUUUUGCUUUCCUGGCAGUCUACUCUACUUGAUCAGACAUCCAGUUUUCAUGAACAAAACAUUUCAGAAACUCCAGAAAUAGCAGCAUGAUUGUUGAGUCUUGUUUAGAUUAAUUUACACGACUGUAUUUUAUAUGUGUGUUAGUGUAUGUGCUUAUUUUGUAAUAAUGUGUUGUAUAAUUUUAUUUAUGUUGUUUUGUUGGGAUGUCAUUGUUUUAAUCCUUUUUGGACCCCAGGAAGAGUAGCUGCUGCCUUGGCAGGGAACUAAUGGGGAUCCAUAAUAAACCCCAGGAAGAGUAGCUGCUGCCUUGGCAGGAACUAAUGGGGAUCCAUAAUAAACCCCAGGAAGAGUAGCUGCUGCCUUGGCAGGAACUAAUGGGGAUCCAUAAUAAACCCCAGGAAGAGUAGCUGCUGCCUUGGCAGGAACUAAUGGGGAUCCAUAAUAAACCCCAGGAAGAGUAGCUGCUGCCUUGGCAGGAACUAAUGGGGAUCCAUAAUAAACCCCAGGAAGAGUAGCUGCUGCCUUGGCAGGGAGUAAUGGGGAUCCUAAUGAAUACUAACAUGUUGUGUGUUUGUGUAUUUUUCCCCCCUCAGGUUCUGAUUGAAACCCUGGUAGCUCUUGGAGCUCAGUGUCGUUGGACAGCCUGUAACAUCUACUCUACUCAGAACGAGGUGGCUGCUGCCCUGGCAGAGACUGGUGAGAACACAUCAUACUGUCCUCUGUCUUUUCUAUGUCUGUCUUCCUAUAGACUAUCAUAACCGAAUCUAUCACUCGUGCUCUCUCUGCAAGUCUCUCUCUGCUCUCUGCCAGGUCAUGCGUUUCCUUUCCCUUAUACUCAGCUCUCUAUCUCUUUCUCUCUCUCUCACCUGCCUGUGCCCCAUCUGUCUCCUUCUCUGCCCUGCGUCUCUUCUCUCUCUCCUUCUUCUCUCUUUUCUCUCUCCCCUUCCCUCUCCCUCUCUCACCUCUCUCUCUCUCUCGUUUUCUCACCUCUCUUGCUCUAGCACUCGCUCAUCUCUCUAUUCAAUUCAAUUCAAUUUCAAUUCAUUAGGGCUUAUUGGCAUGGGAAACGUGUGUUAACAUGCCAAAGCAAGUGAGUAGAAGUAAACAAAAGUGAAAUAACAAUAAAUAUUAACAGUAACAUUAACUAGAGUUCAAAGAUAAAGACAUUUAAAUGUAAUUAGGGAUAUAUACAGAGAGUCAUAGAGAGGAUGAUCUCUGAACUCUCAAGCCUCUCUCGUAUAUCUCAGCUUCUACCCACCUACCUUCUUCUCUGCUAACUCGUGCUUUAGAAUGCUCUCUAUCUCUCUCUCUCCGCUCUCUCUCUUGGUUACUCUCUCCUCUCUUCUCUCUCUCUCUCCUCUCUCUCUCCCAACAGGUGUGCCUGUGUUUGCGUGGAAGGGCGAGUCAGAGGAUGACUUCUGGUGGUGCAUCGACCGCUGUGUCAACACGGAAGGCUGGCAGGCCAACAUGGUACCUAAUGACUAAACCAUCCCAUAAUAAUGUACUUUACAUCUGUUGUGUAGUGACACGCUCACACAUUGUGGAGGCUUAUUUUUCCAUCCAUCACUUAUCUUCCGUACAUUAGCUAUUUAGUAUGCAGACUUAAUGCUGCAGAUUUCUCUAUUUAGUAUGCAGACUUAAUGCUGCAGAUGUCUCUAUUUAGUAUGCAGACUUAAUGCUGCAGAUUUCUCUAUUUAGUAGGCAGACUUAAUGCUGCAGAUUUCUCUACUUAGUAUGCAGACUUAAUACUGCAGAUGUCUCUAUUUAGUAUGCAGACUUAAUGCUGCAGAUGUCUCUAUUUCUUGAGUCCACCAUCUGCUCUGCUAUCAUUGCUCUUCCUGUGUUUGUGUUACUGUAGAUCCUCGAUGACGGAGGGGAUCUGACCCACUGGGUUUAUAAGAAGUACCCCAGCGUGUUCAAGAAGGCUCAGGGCAUCGUGGAGGAGAGUGUCACUGGGGUCCACAGGUGAGAAAGAACCUUCCCAAAACAUUGGUCCCAUACAUCCAACGCAAGGAGAGACAUCUAUGUGUAAUUGGUCCAGUUUAUCCUCAGUCCGUUCGUCUGUGGCUCACCUAAAGCACUGUCUUUAUUUCUUUCCAUCCUUUACCCUCAGGUUGUACCAGCUGUCCAAGGCAGGCAAGCUGUGUGUCCCGGCCAUGAACGUGAACGACUCUGUUACCAAGCAGAAGUUUGACAACCUCUACUGCUGCAGAGAGUCCAUCCUGGACGGGUGAGGACCUUUUUUUUAAAACACUAAAUAUCAAAUGUUUUUCUCACAAAAAAGUGUGUGAUCGUUUUGUUUUGUUUUUUGUUUGUAAUUUAUAAAUGUAUAAUGUCUGAUUUGUAAUUGUUACCUUUCCCCGCUUGCUGUAGUUUGAAGAGGACCACUGAUGUGAUGUUUGGGGGGAAACAGGUGGUGGUGUGCGGUUAUGGAGAGGUGAGUCCUUCAGAUUCUGGAUUCUUUUAUUCUGAUGACUGUUAGAUGACACCUUAGUUUAAAAAGUUGACGUAUGGCUUUUGAACAUAGAUUUGAGUGUACUGUCCUGGACUGUCCUCUGUCUGUAGGUGGGGAAGGGUUGCUGUUCUGCUCUGAAGGCCCUGGGUGCCAUCGUCUGCAUCACAGAGAUAGACCCCAUCUGUGCCCUGCAGGGCUGGUGAGUGACUGGAGCUUGUGCCCUACGUCUAAUGUAUCCAAAUCUUUUAAAAGACGUGUGUUUUUUAGUUAUUUUCUGCUACUUUUUCCUACAAAUCUUCCUGUGUAUACAGCAUGGAUGGGUUCAGGGUGGUGAAGCUGAAUGAAGUCAUUCGUCAGAUGGACGUGGUGAUAACCUGCGCAGGUAAACUAGAUCAGUCCGAGCACGGCUCCUCCAGACUCAGUUACUUUAUUCCACUCUGAUAAUUAUACAAGCAGACCUCCCAGCCGCUGUCCUUGUUUAUGACUCAGGUUUAUCCAACAGAUGUCAAGUUAGAGGUCACCCGUUUGAACGUGUAUCUUUAUCAAACAACUCGGUGGACUCACUACAGGACACCAAUUAGGACGAAUUAAUGAACAGCCAGAGCUGAGAGAGAAGGAGAGAGAGAGAGAGAGAGGAAGAGAGAGAGGAGAGAGAGAGAGAGAGAGAGAGAGAGAGAGAGAGAGAGCAAGAGAGAGAGCGAGAGGGAGAGAGAGAGAAGAGAGAGAGUAGAAGAAGAGAUGAGAGAGGAGAGAGAGGAAGAGGCAGGAGAGAGAGAGAAGAGAGAGGAGGGAGGAGAGCGAGAGAGAGGAGAGACAAGAGAGGAGGAAGGGGAGAGAAAGAGAGAGAGUGUGAAGAGGUAGAGACGAGGAGAGAGAGGGGAUCGGUGAAGAGAGAGGAGAUAGAGAGAGUGAGUGAGGAGCGCGAGAGGAGAGAGAUGAGUGUAGAGGAAGAGAUAUGCGAGCGAUUCGUACUCUAGAUGCCGAAGUCGUUCUCUCUAUUACUCUCUAUCUUUUCUCGCUAUCUCUCUCUCUCUCUCUCUCUUCUCCUCUCUCUCCUCUCUCUCCCUCAUUAUUAUUCAUUUUAAUCAGAUCUGAGCUUAGCUGACUGUAUUGUUGUUGUUGUCACUCAGGCAAUAAGAACGUGGUGACCAGAGAGCAACUGGACCGGAUGAAGAACGGAUGUAUAGUCUGCAACAUGGGACAUUCCAAUACUGAGAUUGAUGUGGCGAGUUACUUUUACGUGUGUGUGUGGUGUGUGUGUGUGUGUGUGUGUGUGUGUGUGUGUGUGCGUGCGCGUGUGCGUGUGUGUGUGUGUGCGUGCGCGCUGUGUGUUUCUGCUGUGUCACUAAUCCUGCCCUGGUCUCUCUCGCCCCUAGGCCAGCCUGCGGAGCCCGGAGCUCACCUGGGAGAGGGUGCGUUCUCAGGUGGACCAUGUGAUCUGGCCUGACGGCAAGAGGGUCGUCCUGCUGGCUGAGGUACGGUUACUGUCCUCUACGACCCCUGUGUCCCUGGCCUGGAACCAAACUGAGCAUCACUCCCAUUCGCUGUUGUUUCACCCUAGUGCAGCGUUUCCCAAAACUCACCAAGGGGUGCACAUUUUGGUUUUUGCCCUAGCGCUACGCAGCUGAUUCAAAUAAUCAAAGCUUGGACCGAGUUUGGGGAACGCUGCUUUAGUGACAUGGAGCAGUGAGUGAAGCAAUAGUGAGACAGAAUGACCUUUAGCUUGGAUCUCAGGAUACUUUAUUCCCUCCCAAACCUUUGUCUGUGAUUCAGAGAGCUACAAAAACAUUCUAGAGUUACACAAUAGGGAGAGUUUCCCACCAUGAGAUGUAUCCUGGUGACCUUUCUGUCACCUUUGUCUGCUUCCAAACCUGUCUCUGUUAUUGAAAACAAAACAAAAUAGUGACUUGGCCUGAGAGGUUUCCCAACAUGUAACUAAAGGCUUUGUCUUCCCAUCGUUGAUCCAUGUUGUGUAGUGUGUACUCUACUGUGAGGUGAUAGUGUGUACUCUACUGUGAGGUGAUAGUGUGUAGUCUACUGUGAGGUGAUAGUGUGUACUCUACUGUGAGGUGAUAGUGUGUACUCUACUGUGAGGUGAUAGUGUGUACUCUACUGUGAGGUGAUAGUGUGUACUCUACUGUGAGGUGAUAGUGUGUACUCUACUGUGAGGUGAUAGUGUGUACUCUACUGUGAGGUGAUAGUGUGUACUCUACUGUGAGGUGAUAGUGUGUACUCUACUGUGAGGUGAUAGUGUGUACUCUACUGUGAGGUGAUAGUGUGUACUCUACUGUGAGGUGAUAGUGUGUACUCUACUGUGAGGUGAUAGUGUGUACUCUACUGUGAGGUGAUAGUGUGUAUUCUACUGUGAGGUGAUAGUGUGUACUCUACUGUGAGGUGAUAGUGUGUAGUCUACUAUGAGGUGAUGUGUGUACUCUACUGUGAGGUGAUAGUGUGUAGUCUACGUGAGGUGAGGGUAUAGGGUGUGGUACUCUACUGUGAGGUGAUAGUGUGUACUCUACUGUGAGGUGAUAGUGUGUACUCUACUGUGAGGUGAUAGUGUGUACUCUACUGUGAGGUGAUAGUGUGUACUCUACUGUGAGGUGAUAGUGUGUACUCUACUGUGAGGUGAUAGUGUGUAGUCUACUGUGAGGUGAUAGUGUGUACUCUACUGUGAGGUGAUAGUGUGUACUCUACUGUGAGGUGAUAGUGUGUAGUCUACUGUGAGGUGAUAGUGUGUACUCUACUGUGAGGUGAUAGUGUGUACUCUACUGUGAGGUGAUAGUGUGUACUCUACUGUGAGGUGAUAGUUGAUGACAGUUCAUUAUCACAACGUAUCUCUUCUAAUCUCUGUAAUUGAUUUCAAAGUUGUUUCCCUGAGAAUGGCUACACAACUGACCAGUGUAUUGAUAUAGUUACUUCGUGUGUGUGUGUGUGUGUGUUGUUUCCUAUAGGGUCGUCUGUUGAAUCUGAGCUGUUCUACAGUACCUACGUUUGUCCUGUCUAUCACAGCCACUACUCAGGUGAGACAUAUUGUCCUGUCUUAACACAGCCACUACUCAGGUGAGACAUAUUGUCCUGUCUUAACACAGCCACUACUCAGGUGAGACAUAUUGUCCUGUCUAUCACAGCCACUACUCAGGUGAGACAUAUUGUCCUGUCUUAACACAGCCACUACUCAGGUGAGAUAUAUUGUCCUGUCUUAACACAGCCACUACUCAGGUGAGACAUAUUGUCCUGUCUUAACACAGCCACUACUCAGGUGAGACAUAUUGUCCUGUCUAUCACAGCCACUACUCAGGUGAGACAUAGUGUCCUGUCUUAACACAGCCACUACUCAGGUGAGACAUAUUGUCCUGUCUUAAACACAGCCACUAACUCAGGUGAGACAUAUUGUCUUGUCUUAACACAGCCACUACUCAGGUGAGACAUAUUGUCCUGUCUUAACACAGCCACUACUCAGGUGAGACAUAUUGUCCUGUCUUAACACAGCCACUACUCAGGUGAGACAUAUUGUCCUGUCUUAACACAGCCACUACUCAGGUGAGACAUAUUGACCUGUCUAUCACAGCCACUACUCAGGUGAGACAUAUUGUCCUGUCUUAACACAGCCACUACUCAGGUGGACAUAUUGACCUGUCUUAACACAGCCCACUACUCAGGUGAGACAUAUUGUCCUGUCUUAACACAGCCACUACUCAGGUGAGACAUAUUGUCCUGUCUUAACACAGCCACUACUCAGGUGAGACAUAUUGACCUGUCUAUCACACCCACUACUCAGGUGAGACAUAUUGUCCUGUCUUAACACAGCCACUACUCAGGUGAGACAUAUUGUCCUGUCUUAAACACAGCCACUACUCAGGUGAGACAUAUUGUCCUGUCUUAACACAGCCACUACUCAGUGUGAGACAUAUUGUCCUGUCAUUAAACACAGCCACUACUCAGGUGAGACAUAUUGUCCUGUCUAUCACAGCCACUACUCAGGUGAGACAUAUUGUCCUGUCUUAACACAGCCACUACUCAGGUGAGACAUAUUGUCCUGUCUUAACACAGCCACUACUCAGGUGAGACAUAUUGUCCUGUCUAUCACAGCCACUACUCAGGUGAGACAUAUUGUCCUGUCUUAACACAGCCACUACUCAGGUGAGACAUAUUGUCCUGUCUUAACACAGCCACUACUCAGGUGAGACAUAUGUCCUGUCUUAACACAGCCACUACUCAGGUGAGACAUAUUGUCCUGUCUAUCACAGCCACUACUCAGGUGAGACAUAUUGUCCUGUCUUAACACAGCCACUACUCAGGUGAGACAUAUUGUCCUGUCUUAACACAGCCACUACUCAGGUGAGACAUAUUGUCCUGUCUUAACACAGCCACUACUCAGGUGAGACAUAUUGUCCUGUCUUAACACAGCCACUACUCCGGUGAGACAUAUUGACAUUGUUUAUUUACAUAGAGACAGAUCCAAUCAGAACAUUGACACAUGGAAAUACAACAGUUAGAUGCAUUGUACCAUCACAAUUUAGCUAACACCAGUUUUCAGUGCUUGUCCCCAGAUGUACACAUACUAGUUUAUUUUGAAAUACUGGGCUGCAUUCAUUACAGACGUUGUAUUAGUCCUACUUCUAGUUUUUGGCGGUUUGCUGAAGACAGACUGGAGUUACUCUGUGUCCUCUUGUUCCGCUGCUACCUGAGCUUUGUGAGAACGGGAUGUUGGCAGCGUGGAGACUCUGUGGUGGUCUGUGUCUCUCUCUGUAGGCUCUGGCUCUGAUUGAGCUGUUCAACGCUCCGGAGGGACGCUACAAACAGGACGUCUAUCUGCUGCCUAAGAAGAUGGGUAAGAACGUGGAUUGAGUCCCAAAUGGCACCCUAUUCCCUAUAUAGUGCACUACUUUAGACCAGGGCCCAUAGAGCUCUGAUUAAAAGUAGGGCACUAUUUAGGAAAUAGGGUGCCGUUUGGAACGCACUUGGCGCUGCACAUAUACAAGUCGUCUCUGACUGAGCCUUAUUGAUAAAAUCGUAAUAAACACUGUAGAUGUCAAAUCUGAAUAAAUACCGUAGAUAUCAAAUCUUGAUGAAUAGAAACCACACAGUUUUCAAUGCUCAGUUUGUUGUGUGUGGGUUCAAUGUCACAACCUAAAGCGUUUACCAUAAAACUGCAUUUUCCAAAGUGUUGUUUUGUCCCAAAUGGCACCCUGUUCCUUAUAUAGGGCACUACUACCAUAUGGGCCAUGGUCAGAUGUAGUGAACUAGGUAGGGAGCCAUCCGUACUGUUGUUGCGAUCCGUGUACCGCUUCACAAGCCCACCCAUGUAUUUCAGAUGAGUACGUGGCCAGCUUGCAUCUGUCCAACUUUGACGCACACCUGACAGAGCUGUCUGAUGAGCAGGCUAAGUACAUGGGCCUGAACAAGAACGGACCCUUCAAACCCAACUACUAC